CUGCAUUCCUAGGUCCAUCGCCUUCACCAGCUCCUGAGGAUACAUCACUGCUAAACCCACAACCAGCACUGGGUCUGAUGUCCAGCCCUGCCCAUACAACACUGCCUGAUCCAGCACUGGACCAGAUCUGGGCCUACCGCUGGCUCCGGAUCUGGAUGAACAUCGAGCCCCCGUGGGAGAGCCACCACCUAACCAAAGCUCUCUCCCUGUUCCGGUCAAAUAGGAUGCCUCCAUGGGAUGGCCUCCUCCACCAGCCUGGACACCUCCGGCAGCACGGGCAUGGACCGCCCUGAGUCCGGCUGGACAGCCCGGCCUCACAGUCACUGUGAGCACCUUGUCCUUCACUGCCUGCUCCAUUCAUGCCACGGAAGAAGUCCGAUUGCACAUUCUGAUAAUCAAAGCAACUAGAUCACAUGCAUUUGACUGACUGGUCACAUAGCUCACAGUGUAUACUCUUAGAAAAAAAGGUGCUAAGUUGAACCAUAUAGGGUUCUUCGGUUUGUCCCAAUAGGGGAACCCAUUUUGGUGAUAGGUAGAACCCUUUGCAGACGGUUCUACGUAGAACCCUUUAUGCAGGGUUCUUCAUAGAACCUCCUGUAAAUGGUUCUACCUAGAACCCUCUAUGCAGGGUUCUUAAUGGAACCCCCUAUAAAUGGUUCUACCUAGAAACUCCUGGUUUACAGGCCACAUCAGGCCUGCAAGUCACAUUAUGCUGGCUUGCAAAGUUAUGUGUAAUUCCUAUUGGAAUCCAGCCAGAGUGAGGAGAUUCAACAAUUUGAACUUUUAAUCACUUGCAAUCUACAUUCAAAAUGACUGCCAGGGUAGGGAAGAUUGACUAAUGGGACGACAUAAGUCAUCUCAACUAGAACAACUACAGUGCAUUCGGAAAGUAUUCAGACUCCUUGACUUUUUCCACAUUUUGUUACGUUACAGCCUUAUUCUAAAACAUUUUUUUUAUUUUUUAUAAUCCUCAUAAAUCUACACACAAUACCACAUAAUGACAAAGCGAAAAACAGUUUUUUUAGAAAUGUUUGCAAAUGUAUUAGAAAUAGAAAACAGAAAUACCUUAUUUACAUAAGUAUUCAGACCUUUUGCUAUGAGACUCGAAAUUGAGCUCAGGUGCAUCCUGUUUCCAUUGAUCAUCCUUGAGCUGUUUCUACAAUUUGAGUCCACCUGUGGUAAAUUAAAUUGAUUGGACAUGAUUUGGAAAGGCACACACCUGUCUAUAUAAGGUCCCACAGUUGACAGUGCAUGUCAGAGCAAAAACCAAGCCAUGAGGUCGAAGGAAUUGUCCGUAGAGCUCCGAGACAGGAUUGUGUCAAGGCACAGAUCUGGGGAAGGGUACCAAAAGAUUUCUGCAGCAUUGAAGGUCCCCAAGAACACAGUGGCCUCCAUCAUUCUUAAGUGGAAGAAGUUUGGAACCACCAAGACUCUUCCUAGAGCUGGCCGCCCGGCCAAACUGAGCAAUUGGGGUAGAAGGGCUUUGGUCAGGGAGGUGACCAAGAACCUGAUGGUCACUCUGACAGAGCUCCGGAGUUCCUCUGUGGAGAUGGGAUAACCUUCCAUAAGGACAACCAUCUCUGCAGCUCUCCACUAAUCAGGCCUUUAUGGUAGAGUGGCCAGACGGAAGCCACUCCUCAGUAAAAGGCACAUGACAGCCCGCUUGGAGUUUGCCAAAAGGCACCUAAAGACUCAUUUACAUUUACAUUUACAUUUUAGUCAUUUAGCAGACGCUCUUAUCCAGAGCGACUUACAGGAGCAAUUAGGGUUAAGUGCCUUGCUCAAGGGCACAUUAACGUCAUUUAGCAGACGCUCUUAGCCAGAGCGACUCACAAAUUGGUGCGUUCACCCUAUAGCCAGUGGGAUAACCACUUUACAAUUUGGGGGGGGGGGGGGGGGGGGGUUUAGAAGGAUUACUUUAUCCUAUCCCAGGUAUUCCUUAAAGAGGUGGGGUUUCAAAUGUCUCCGGAAGGUGGUGAGUGACUCCGCUGUCCUGGCGUCGUGAGGGAGCUUGUUCCACCAUUGGGGUGCCAGAGCAGCGAACAGUUUUGCCUGGGCUGAGCGGGAACUAUGCUUCCGCAGAGGAAGGGGAGCCAGCAGGCCAGAGGUGGAUGAACGCAAUGCCCUCGUUUGGGUGUAGGGACUGAUCAGAGCCUGAAGGUACAGAGGUGCCGUUCCCCUCACUGCUCCAUAGGCAAGCACCAUGGUCUUGUAGCGGAUGCGAGCUUCAACUGGAAGCCAGUGGAGUGUGCGGAGGAGGGGGGUGACGUGAGAGAACUUGGGAAGGUUGAACACCAGACGGGCUGCGGCAUUCUGGAUGAGUUGUAGGGGUUUAAUGGCACAGGCAGGGAGGCCAGCCAACAGCGAGUUGCAGUAGUCCAGACGGGAGAUGACAAGUGCCUGGAUUAGGACCUGUGCCGCUUCCUGUGUAAGGCAGGGUCGUACUCUCCGAAUGUUGUAGAGCAUGAACCUGCAGGAUCGGGUCACCGCCUUGAUGUUGGCGGAGAACGACAGGGUGUUGUCCAGGGUCAUGCCUAGGCUCUUCGCACUCUGGGAGGAGGACACAGCGGAGUUGUCAACCGUGAUGGCGAGAUCAUGGAACGGGCAGUCCUUCCCCGGGAGGAAGAGCAGCUCCGUCUUGCCAGGGUUCAGCUUGAGGUGGUGAUCCGUCAUCCAUACUGAUAUGUCUGCCAGACAUGCAGAGAUGCGAUUCGCCACCUGGUUAUCAGAAGGGGGAAAGGAGAAGAUUAGUUGUGUAUCGUCAGCGUAGCAAUGAUAUGAAAGGCCAUGUGAGGAUAUGACAGAGCCAAGUGACUUGGUGUAUAGGGAGAAAAGGAGAGGGCCUAGAACUGAGCCCUGGGGGACACCAGUGGUGAGAGCACGUGGUGCGGAGACAGCUUCUCGCCACGCCACUUGGUAGGAGCGACCGGUCAGGUAGGACGCAAUCCAGGAGUGAGCCGCGCCGGAAAUGCCCAGCUCGGAGAGGGUGGAGAGGAGGAUCUGAUGGUUCACAGUAUCAAAGGCAGCAGACAGGUCUAGAAGGACAAGAGCAGAGGAGAGAGAGUUAGCUUUAGCAGUGCGGAGAGUCUCCGUGACACAGAGAAGAGCAGUCUCAGUUGAAUGACCAGUCCUGAAACCUGAUUGGUUUGGAUCAAGAAGGUCAUUCUGAGAGAGAUAGCAAGAGAGUUGGCUAAAGACGGCACGCUCAAUAGUUUUGGAAAGAAAAGAAAGAAGGGAUACUGGUCUGUAGUUGUUGACAUCAGUGGGGUCGAGUGUUGGUUUUUUGAGAAGGGGAGCAACUCUCGCUCUCUUGAAGACGGAAGGGACAUGGCCAGCGGUCAAGGAUGAGUUGAUCAGCGAGGUGAGGUAGGGGAGAAGGUCACCGGAGAUGGUCUGGAGAAGGGAGGAGGGGAUGGGGUCAAGCGGGCAGGUUGUUGGGCGGCCUGCAGUCACAAGUCGCAGGAUUUUAUCUGGAGAGAGAGGGGAGAAAGAAGUCAAAGCAUAGGGUAGGGCAGUGUGAGCAGGACCAGCAGUGUCAUUAGACUUAACAAACGAGGAUCGGAUGUCGUCAACCUUCUUUUCAAAGUGGUUGACGAAGUCAUCCACAGAGAGAGAGGAGGGGGGGGGGGGGGGGGGGGGGGGGGGGGGGGGAUUCAGGAGGGAGGAAAAUGUGGCAAAGAGCUUCCUAGGGUUAGAGGCAGAUGCUUGGAAUUUAGAGUGGUAGAAGGUGGCUUUAGCAGCAGAAACAGAUGAAGAAAAUGUAGAGAGGAGGGAGUGAAAAGAUGCCAGGUCGGCAGGGAGUUUAGUUUUCUUCCAUUUCCGCUCCGCUGCCCGGAGCUCUGUUCUGUGAGCUCGCAAUGAGUCAUCAAGCCACGGAGCUGGAGGGGAGGACCGAGCCGGCCGGGAGGAUAGGGGACACAGAGAGUCAAAGGAUGCAGAAAGGGAGGAGAGGAGGGUUGAGGAGGCAGAAUCAGGAGAUUGGAGGGAGAAGGAUUGAGCAGAGGGAAGAGAUGAUAGGAUGGAAGAGGAGAGAGUAGUGGGAGAGAGAGAGCGAAGGUUGCGGCGGCGCAUUACCAUCUGUGUAGGGGCAGAGUGAGUAGUGUGGGAGGAGAGCGAGAGAGAAAAGGAAACAAAGUAGUGGUCGGAGACAUGGAGGGGAGUUGCAGUGAGAUUAGUAGAGGAGCAGCAUCUAGUGAAGAUGAGGUCAAGCGUAUUGCCUGCCUUGUGAGUAGGGGGGGACGGUGAGAGGGUGAGGUCAAAAGAGGAGAGGAGUGGAAAGAAGGAGGCAGAGAGAAAUGAGUCAAAUGUGGACAUAGGGAGGUUGAAAUCCCCCAAAACUGUGAGGGAUGAGCCAUCCUCAGGGAAGGAACUUAUCAAGGCGUCAAGCUCAUUGAUGAACUCUCCAAGGGAACCUGGAGGGCGAUAGAUGACAAGGAUAUUAAGCUUAAAUGGGCUAGUGACUGUGACAGCAUGGAAUUCAAAUGAGGAGAUAGACAGAUGGGUUAGGGGAAACAUUGAGAAUGUCCACUUGGGAGAAAUGAGGAUUCCUGUGCCACCACCCCUCUGACCAGAUGCUCUCGGGGUAUGCGAGAACACAUGGUCAGACGAGGAGAGAGCAGUAGGAGUAGCAGUGUUUUCAGUGGUGAUCCAUGUUUCCGUCAGCGCCAGGAAGUCGAGGGACUGGAGGUUGGCAUAGGCUGGGAUGAAGUCAGCUUUGUUGGCAGCAGAACGGCAGUUCCAGAGGCUGCCUGCGACCUGGAACUCCACGUGGGUGGUGCGUGCAGGGACCACCAGGUUAGAGAGGCAGCAGCCACGCGGUGUGGUGCGUUUGUGUAGCCUGUGCAGAGAGGAGAGAACAGGGAUAGGCAGAGGCAUAGUUGACAGGCUGUAGCAAAUGGCUACAAAAAUGCAGAGGAGAUCGGAAUGAAAUGAGCUAAGCAUCUGGGAGCGGAGAGAGCAGGGCCUCCCUCACCAAAAACUUCUACCUCAGAAACUAAAAUUGUUUCACUGAACUACCCGAACAAAAACUCUCCCAACUUCCACCUUUAGAAAUCAGAAUUGUUGUGAACCACAGCGGUUCAAUGUUUAAAGGAAUAGACUCAACCCACUUUAUUCAACUAUGACACCAUAGCUAACUAGCAAGCUAGCAUCCAAUAACAAUAACACACCGUAUAGCACCAACCCUUGGUCACAACAAACCACCAAUAGUGUGAUAACACACUAAACAGAUCAUUCGUGUCUGUGUCAAGUUCCUUUCAUGACGCAGCAAUGAUUAGACGUUGGCUAGCUAGGACAAGUAUAUUGUAUUUAGCUACUACCGUACAGUUAGCUGGUCGUGUUGGGUAGCUAGCAAUGGCCAUUUUGUUGACUUUGUUUGAAGAACGGCUAGCUAGCUAGCUUCGUGCUACACCCGGCACACAAUGGCUAUUGUGUUGACUCUGACUCUGUUCGAAAAAAAAAAACGGCUAGGUAGCUCGCUUCGUGCUACAGCCGGCACUGCCAAGACACAGUAACUACCCACAACAACCCACGAUGCCUAGCUAUGACGCCGUAGCUAACUUGCAAGCUAGCAUCCAUUAACACACAAUUUAGCAUCAAUACUUGGUUACAACAAACUGCCAAGAGUGUGUUAGCACACUAAACAGAUAAUUCAAGUCCGUGUCUAGUUCCUUUCAUAACGCAUAACGCAGCAAAAAUUAAACGAUGGCUAGGACUACAUUAACAUUGGAAACAGCUCUCCAGCGUUGCUAAUCGAUACCAGUAGCUACCCGCUAGCUAGCUAGCCUCGUGCUUCGAUACUAACCUACAAUUACCUACGGAAACCUACAAUAACAACAAUACUAACCUAUAAUAAAUACAAUACCUAACUACAGCUAACUACCUACCUACGAUCUAAUACAUGGUUAAGCUUUACUCAACACCAUAUGAGAAGCUUACCUCCUGCUUACCUCCAGCUAGAGAAAAACACGACCUCUCCCCAUGAGAAACAAGAUUCUCUGGUCUGAUGAAACCAAGAUUGAACUCUUUGGCCUGAAUGCCAAGCGUCACGUCUGGAGGAAACCUGGUACCAUCCCUAAGGUGAAGUAUGGUGGUGGCAGCAUAAUGCUGUGGGGAUGUUUUUCAGUGGCAGAAACUGGGAGACUAGUCAGGAUCAAGGGAAAGAUGAAAGGAGCAAAGUACAGCGAGAUCCUUGAUGAAAACCUUCUCCAGAGCGCUCAGGACCUCAGACUGGGGCGAAGGUUCACCUUCCAACAGGACAACGACCCUAAGCACACAGCCAAGAUAAUGCAGGAGUGGCUUCGGGACAAAUCUCUGAAUGUCCUUGAGUGGCCCAGCCAGAGCCCAGACUUGAACCCAAUCAAACAUCUCUGGAGAGACUUGAAAAUAGCUGUGCAGCGACGCUCCCCAUCCAACCUGACAGAGCUUGAGAAGAUCUGCAGAGAAAAAUGGGAGAAACUCCCCAAAUACAAGUGUGCCAAACUUGUAGCGUCAUAUCCAAGAAGACUUGAGGCUGUAAUCGCUGCCAAAGGUGCUUCAACAAAGUACUGAGUAAAGGGUCUGAAUACUUAAGUAAAUGUGAUAUUUCCGUUUUUUAUUUGUAAUAAAUGUGCAAAAAUGUCUAAAAACCUGUUUUUUGCUUUCUCAUUAUGGGGUAUUGUGUGUAGAUUGAUGAGGGGAAAAAAACUAUUAAAACAUUUUAGAAUAAGGCUGUAACAUAACAAAAUGUGAAAAAGUUAACGGAUCUGAAUACUUUCCGAAUGCACUUUAUCUCAGUAACGGGUGUUAUUUAUCUUUGUGUAGCAUAAGGUUAAUCAACCAAUCAAUGUACAUGCAAAAACACAGAUAUUGAAACUAUUAUGAAAAUCAACCUGCAAUAGAGCAUGCUGGGAAAUAUGAUAUUGAUGGGCGUGGUUUUUAGUGUUUUACUCAACACAGCAACACAGAGUAAAAAUGACACUCACACAACUCUAGUUAUUAACAACAACACUAUUGUUAUUUUACACCACUGAGUGUUAAGUUAAUUUAACUCCUGAAUCAACACUAGAAAUGUUACACUGAAAAAUCAACACUAGGUACAACUGGCCAAUUUGCUGUGUACCAUACAGUACUCCAUUCUAUUAUCCUACUCUCUGCUCUAUGAAAUCACAGUAAGUCGCUCUGGAUAAGAGCGUCUGCUAAAUGACUAAAAUGUAAAUGUAAAAUGUAAAAUACAAAUUUCAAAGACAGAAAUCAUGGCAACGAUAUCAACUAUGUCAGUACUGUAUAUGUGAUUAAGGGAAUACCAGAUACAUGCACAAAUAUUCCCAUAUUGGUACAGUUAAAAAUAUUCUCACAACUAUCUUACUCAAACUCCUGAUGUUACAGUUUAAACACUGAAGUAAACAAUAACACACUAUUUCAAAUAGAGAAAAAAAUAUUACAAUAAAAAAGCUUAUUCAGAUUCAGAAGGGUUCUAUGCAGAACCCAUCUUACCUUCCAAAUAAUCAAUUUUGCCUUCCAUACAAUCGUCAAAGAGCCCUUUCUUCAAAAAACGGUUCUUCAGAUAAAAACGGUUCUUAGUUUAACCUUAUCCCUCCGCAAAUAACCUUUUUUUUAACCCUUUCUUUCGAGCAUCGAGGACCUGCAGUGAACAGUGUUUUCCCCCCAAAAUAAAAAUCCUGACAUGAGGGGGCUCGAACCCACGGUUAAUGUGCACUGUCAUUCUAGAGUCAACCACUAUUAACAACCAUCAUCAUAGGAAACAGUUCUAAAGAUAGUACAUAACAGCUAUUUGACAAGUCAAUAGGCUCUUUGACUUUUUGUUGUUUUUACAAUGUACAAUAAACUUGUUGUACAGACCUUCUUUAUCUUUUUUCUGUAAAAGCACAUGGAUGUGUGUGAAACGAAUGAGCAAAAACAUGGGAUUUUGUCAUAUACAGUGGGGGAAAAAAGUAUUUAGUCAGCCACCAAUUGUGCAAGUUCUCCCACUUAAAAAGAUGAGAGAGGUCUGUAAUUUUCAUCAUAGGUACACGUCAACUAUGACAGACAAAUUGAGAAAAAAAAAUCCAGAAAAUCACAUUAUAGGAUUUUAAAUGAAUUUAUUUGCAAAUUAUGGUGGAAAAUAAGUAUUUGGUCACCUACAAACAAGCAAGAUUUCUGGCUCUCACAGACCUGUAACUUCUUCUUUAAGAGGCUCCUCUGUCCUCCACUCGUUACCUGUAUUAAUGGCACCUGUUUGAACUUGUUAUCAGUAUAAAAGACACCUGUCCACAACCUCAAACAGUCACACUCCAAACUCCACUAUGGCCAAGACCAAAGAGCUGUCAAAGGACACCAGAAACAAAAUUGUAGACCUGCACCAGGCUGGGAAGACUGAAUCUGCAAUAGGUAAGCAGCUUGGUUUGAAGAAAUCAACUUUGGGAGCAAUUAUUAGGAAAUGGAAGACAUACAAGACCACUGAUAAUCUCCCUCGAUCUGGGGCUCCACGCAAGAUCUCACCCCGUGGGGUCAAAAUGAUCACAAGAACGGUGAGCAAAAAUCCCAGAACCACAUGGGGGGACCUAGUGAAUGACCUGCAGAGAGCUGGGACCAAAGUAACAAAGCCUACCAUCAGUAACACACUACGCCGCCAGGGACUCAAAUCCUGCAGUGCCAGACGUGUCCCCCUGCUUAAGCCAGUACAUGUCCAGGCCCGUCUGAAGUUUGCUAGAGUGCAUUUGGAUGAUCCAGAAGAGGAUUGGGAGAAUGUCAUAUGGUCAGAUGAAACCAAAAUAUAACUUUUUGGUAAAAACUCAACUCGUCGUGUUUGGAGGACAAAGAAUGCUGAGUUGCAUCGAAAGAACACCAUACCUACUGUGAAGCAUGGGGGUGGAAACAUCAUGCUUUGGGGCUGUUUUUCUGCAAAGGGACCAGGACGACUGAUCCGUGUAAAGGAAAGAAUGAAUGGGGCCAUGUAUUGUGAGAUUUUGAGUGAAAACCUCCUUCCAUCAGCAAGGGCAUUGAAGAUGAAACGUGGCUGGGUCUUUCAGCAUGACAAUGAUCCCAAACACACCGCCCGGGCAACGAAGGAGUGGCUUCGUAAGAAGCAUUUCAAGGUCCUGGAGUGGCCUAGCCAGUCUCCAGAUCUCAACCCCAUAGAAAAUCUUUGGAGGGAGUUGAAAGUCUGUGUUGCCCAGCGACAGCCCCAAAACAUCACUGCUCUAGAGGAGAUCUGCAUGGAGGAAUGGGCCAAAAUACCAGCAACAGUGUGUGAAAACCUUGUGAAGACUUACAGAAAACGUUUGACCUGUAUCAUUGCCAACAAAGGGUAUAUAACAAAGUAUUGAGAAACUUUUGUUAUUGACCAAAUACUUAUUUUCCACCAUAAUUUGCAAAUAAAUUCAUUAAAAAUCCUACAAUGUGAUUUUCUGGAUAAUUUUUUCUCAUUUUGUCUGUCAUAGUUGACGUGUACCUAUGAUGAAAAUUACAGGCCUCUCUCAUCUUUUUAAGUGGGAGAACUUGCACAAUUGGUGGCUGACUAAAUACUUUUUUACCCCACUGUACAAUACCGGUCAAAAAUUUUAGAACACCUACUCAUUCAAGGGUUUUUCUUUAUUUUACUAUUUUUGUAGGAUAAUAGUGAAGACAUCAAAACUAUGAAAUAACACAUAUGGAAUCAUGUAGUAACCAAAAAAGUAUUCAAAUAGUCACCCUUUGCCUUGAUGACAGCUUUGCACACACUUAGCAUUCUCUCAACCAGCUUAACCUGGAAUGCUUUUCCAACAGUCUUGAAGGAGUUCCCACAUAUGCUGAGCACUUGAUGGCUGCUUUUCCUUCACUCUGCGGUCCGACAUAUCCCAAACCAUCUCAAUUUGGUUGAGGUCGGGGGAUUGUGGAGGCCAGGUCAUCUGAUGCAGCACUCCAUCACUCUCCUUCUUGGUAAAAUAGCCCUUACACAGCCUGGAGGUGUGUUGGGUCAUUGUCCUGUUGAAAAACAAAUGAUAGUCCCACUAAGCCCAAACCAAAUGGGAUGGCAUAUUGCUGCAGAAUGCUGUGGUAGCCAUGCUGGUUAAGUGUGCCUUGAAUUCUAAAUAAAUCACAGACAGUGUCACCAGCAAAGCACCCCCACACCAUAACACCUCCUCCUCCAUGCUUAACGGUGGGAACCACACUUGCGGAGAUCAUCCGUUCACCCACACGUGUCUCACAAAGACACGGCGGUUGGAACCAAAAAUCUCCAAUUUGGACUCCAGACCAAAGGACAAAUUUCAACCGGACUAAUGUCCAUUGCUCGUGUUUCUUGGCCCAAGCAGGUCUCUUCUUAUUAUUGGUGUCCUUUAGUAGUGGUUUCUUUGCAGCAAUUCGACCAUGAAGGCCUGAUUCACACAGUAUCCUCUGAACAGUUGAUGUUGAGAUGUGUCUAUUACUUGAACUCUGUGAAGCAUUUAUUUGGACUGCAAUUUCUGAGGCUGGUAACUCUAAUGAACUUAUCCUCUGCAGCAGAGGUAACUCUGGGUCUUCCAUUCCUGUGGCGGUCCUCAUGACAGCCAGUUUCAUCAUAGCGCUUGAUGGUUUUUGAGACUGCACUUGAAGAAACUUUGAAAGUUCUUGAAAUGUUCCAUAUUGACUGACCUUCACGUCUUAAAAUAAUGGUGGACUGUCGUUUCUCUUUGCUUAUUUGAGCUGUUGUUGCCAUAAUAUGGACUUGGUCUUUAACCAAAUAGGGCUAUCUUCUGUAUAACCCCCCUACCUUGUCACAACACAACUGAUUGGCUCAAACGCAUUAAGAAGGAAAGAAAUUCCACAAAUUAACUUUUAAGAAUGCACACCUGUUAAUUGAAAUGCAUUCCAGGUGACUACCUCAUGAAGCUGGUUGAGAGAAUGCUAAGUGUGUGCAAAGCUGUCAUCAAGGCAAAGGGUGAAUAUUUGAAUACUUUUUUGGUUACUACAUGAUUCCAUAUGUGUUAUUUCAUAGUUUUGAUGUCUUCACUAUUAUUCUACAAUGUAGAAAAUAGUUUUAAAAAAAGAAGAAAAAUCCUUGAAUGAGUAGGUGUUCUAAAACCUUUGACCGGUAGUGUAUGUGUAAACUUUAAAUGUUAUCUAAUGUUAGUAGCUAGUAGCCUAGUCAAGGAUACAUCAUCAUGCAAUAUUGGCACUCUACACUUGAGACAUACCAAGCGGAACAAAUAUAAACCUUGAAAUUGGAGGUUUAAAAUAUCCCUCCAAGUUGAUCUAUUUUAAGAAAAGCAAUUGGUUGGUGAAUAUAAAGUCCAAUAUCUUUGAUCGGCUGAUGCAGAAUUUGUUACAGGUAAUAAUCACUGUCAGCUGGUGAGGUUAGUAGGGCUAACGUGUGCCAGGUUAUCUGAUGGGACCAGCUACAAUGCAGCGUUCUAUCACGUGCAACUAUGUCGACGAUUGUAAUUGGCUGAUGCGCAUUUUGAGACGGAGGUUCAGGUUAAACGUAUGCUUAUUCUAAUGUUCGCAAGUAAAGACCCGCGCUGUUCACACGUCAGCCUGUCCAUCACGUGUGCCCUUGUUUAUUUUGGUGCCUAAGCAGCACCGUGGUCUUGUGAGAGGAAACAUAGCCUGUGCUAGAGGUUACAUUCAGCAAUUUAUUUUGAAGAAGAAACCCCUGUGUUCUGUGGGGACUGGGGUCUGUUUUGGAUUGUACAUUUGUGUGAUGGGGGGGGGGGGGGGGAGAUUCAUAGGGAUCCUGUUUGUUGCUGUGUUGGCUGCCAGGAAGGUGGGUGAGGAGAGGAGAGGAGGGAGAGGGAAAGCGAGCACACACACACACACUGGUGGUAAACACUGGGUGACCUCUCUCUCUCCCUCCAUCAGGCAGCCACUCAGCUAACACGUUGCCUUAUUAGGGUUGUCUACUGGGAGUGGAGGGAGGCAGGUGGACUGGGGAGGGGCAAGGGUGAGGCAGAGUUAAACAUGUAAACAUUGCCGUCUAAGCCCACGCGGUGCAAUUUAAGAGAGACAAAUCAUGUUGUCUUUAUAAAUGCAAAGCAUUGACAAUAUCCAAAAAGACAGUGACAGUGUUAUGUUCGGGGUGUGUGUGUGUGUGUCAGUGUCUGUGUGUUGCUACACUUUGGUUCUGCUUUUUUCAGGAACAGAGAUUGCGUCUCAAAUGGCACCCUAUUCCCUAUGUAGUGCACUACUUUUGACCAGGGCCCUAUGGGGAAUAUACAGUAUAUAGUCUCUAUACACUGAGUGUACAAAACAUUAGGAGCACCUUCCUAAUAUUGAGUUGCACCCCCUUUUGCCCUCAGAACAGCCUCAAUUCAUCGGGCAUGGACUCUACAAGGUGUCGAAAGCGUUCCACAGGGAUGCUGGCCCAUGUUGACUCCAAUGCUUCCCACAGUGUCAAUUUGGCUGGAUGUCCUUUGGGUGUGGUGGACUAUUCUUGAUGCACGGGAUACUGUUGAGCAUUAAAAACCCAGCAGCGUUGCAGUUCUUGACACACUCAAACCUGUGCGCCUGGCACCCACUACCACCUACUACCAAAGGUAAUUAAAUAUUUUGUCUUGCCCAUUCACCCUCUGAAUGGCACACGUACACAACCCAUGUCUCAAUUGCCUCAAUCCUUCAUUAACCUGUCUCCUCCCCUUCAUCUAGCACUAACUAGCUUUCAUCUGGGUUUACCUGGUCAGUCUAUGUCAUGGAAAUGUUUUGUACACUCCCUUUAUAGGGAAUAGGGUGGCAUUUUGGAUACAUCCCUACUGUUUGGUACUGCUGCCCAUGUCUGCGUGUAAGUUAUGGUAUUAGUAGUCGACACCCCAGAUUAUAACUGCUUUGGAAACAGACAGUAGAUAUUGCCAAAGCAGUAUAUUGGUACAGCAUUGCAGUAAAUACAGUACAAUGCAAUGAGGAUAAUGAAAUACAGUUAAUUUCAGUAGUAAUAAUAACAGUACAUAUAGUCAUGUAUGCAGGUACAACACUAUUGCUGUUGUAUUGUGUAAUGUUCGGUCGAUACAUUUAAUUAAAGAAAAAUAAGAUUAUAAAAAGAAAAAGAAAGAAUGGCUAAUAAAUACACAAAAUGUACAUGGAUGAUGGUUACACUAUGUAUUACUUGUAAGUUACUGUAGAUACAAUGUAAAUACUUCAGGGAAUUAAUGGUCAUGGGAUUUCCCUCAGGCUAUGGCAUAUCUGGCAGUAAUAUUUGCGGUUUCUCUCUCACCCAGAAUAAUUCACAGUUUUAGGUCAUUAGUAAAUGCACAGAAGUUGGGAAUUGAUUUAGAUAUCUUUAAAACGAUGAUCUUAUUUGGGAGUAUUUCUCACAGUAGAGGAAAAAGUGCAUCUCUGUCUCUACCUCCACUGUCAUGCAGUAACCACAUAGACGCUUCUCUUUGGGUAGCCAUGUUUUUUUGUGUUUCUAUAGCCAAUUGCUGGUCCCUGAGCCUGUAUUUGGUCAGGCUCUGUCUCUGUUUUGUAUCUCUGUCAGAGUAGAGAUAUUCUGCCAAUUUAUAUUAUCUUUUGAGGGCCAAAUAGCAUUUUAGUUUAUUCUAUGUUUUUUUUUGUAAAAUAGGAGGUUUUCAUUUCUGCAACAAUUUGAUUGAUUUCUCUGUGUGUUUGGAUAAUAGGGUUGUUUAGUGUUUUUAACAGCGGAUUUAGGAGACUAUUGUCAGGGUUCAGCUCUUGGGUUUCCAGUGCUUUGAAUUGUAAGGAUGUUUUGGGGCUUAAUUUCAAAUGGUGCCAACAUUUUUGUGUUGUUUUCUUUAUAUGGACAAUUAAAGGUACAUAUAAAGAGUUCAAUUAAAGGUACAUAUAAAGAGUUCCGCUCUGCAUGCAUUAUUUGGUACUUUCUUUGGGAUAUUUAGGAUAUAUCUGCAGAAUUCUGUAUGUAGAUUUUCUAUUGGGUGUUUCUCCUAAUGCUUAUAAUCGUAAUUACAGAUUGGACCCCAAACCUCUCUUCCAUACAGUGCAAUUGGUAAAAUUACACUAUUUAAUAUUUUGCACCGGAUUUGGAUAGGAAUAUUGAUUUUUGAGAAUUUUAUUUUUAUGGAGUAAGAUGCUUUACAGGCUUUUUCUUUUAGUGCAUUCACUGCCAGACCAAAUCCACCAGAGACACUGAUUUUUUUGGUCCCAGGUAGUUGUACCAUUGGGCAUGUUCAACCAUGGUAUUUCCUAAUUUGAAUGAGUGUCUGCUGCUCUGAUUCCUGGCCUUUUUCUGGAAAAUCACGACUUUGGUUUUCUGAAGUUGAUGUUGAUUGCCCAGUUAAUGCUGUAUUCCCAAAGAAUGUUAAGUUGUUCCUGUAGAUCUUGCUCUGUUGGUGACAGUAGGACAAAGUAAUCUGCGUAGAGCAGGAAUCUGACCUCAUCUUUGAGGGUCAGUCCAGAGGCUGCAGAUCGGUCCAGCAACACUGCUAGUUCGUUGAUGUAGACGUUGAACAGGGUUGGACUUAAACUGCACCCUUGACUCACCCCCGCCCUAUUUUAUUGUUCAGUUUAAUACUACAUGUGUUGUUCGAGUAUAUCGAUUUCAUGAUGUCGUAUACUUUGCCCCAAUCGCCGCUAUGGAGGGUUUUGUAAUAUACUGAACAAAAAUAUAAAUGCAACAUGUAAAGUGUUGGUCCCAUGUUUCAUGAGCUGUAAUAUAAGAUCCCAGAAUUUGUCCAUACGCGCAAAAAGCUUAUUUAUCUCAAAUGUUGUGCACAAAUGUGUUUACAUCCCUGUUAGUGAGCAUUUCUCCUUUGCCAAGAUAAUCCAUCCCCCUGACAGGUGUGGCAUAUCAAAAAGCUGAUUAAACAGCAUGAUCAUUACAAAGGUGCACCUUGUGCUGGGGACAAUUAAAGGCCUCACUAAAAUGUGCAGUUUUGUCACACAACACAAUACCACAGAUGUUUUGAGGAAGUGUGCAAUUGGCAUGCUGAUUGCAGGAAUGUCCACCAGAGCUGUUGCCAGAGAAUGUAAUGUUUGUUUCUCUACCAUAAGCCGCCUCCAAUGUCAUUUUAGAGAAUUUGGACGUACGUCCAACCGGCCUCACAACCGCAGAAAAAAGUGUAAUUACGCCAGCCCAGGACCUCCACAUCCGGCUUCUUCACCUGUGGGAUCGUCUGUGGGGGUGCUGAAGCGUAUUUCUGUCUGUAAUAAAGCCCUUUUGUGGGGAAAAUGAAUUCUGUUUGGCAGGGCCUGGCUCCUCAGUGGGUGGGCCUGGCUCCCAAGUGGGAGGGCCUAUGCCCUACCAGGCCCACCCUUGGCUGCGCCCUUGCCCAAUCAUGUGAAAUCCAUAGAUUAUGGCGGCCUAAUUUAUUUAUACAGUAAAAUCUUUGAAAUUGAUGCAUGUUGCCUUUAUAUUUUUGUUCAGUAUAUAAUCAUAUAUAUAUAUAUAUAUAUAUAUAUAUAUAUAUAUAUAUAUAUAUAUAUAUAUAUAUAUAUACACACUACCAUUCAAAAGUUUGGGGUCACUUAGAAAUGUCCUUGUUUUCCAUGAAAACAUACAUGAAAUGAGUUUGAAUAGGAAAUAUAGCAAAAUGCAUAGGAAAUGUAGUCAUUGACAAGGUUAGAAAUAAUGAUCUUUAAAUGAAAUAAUAAUUGUGUCCUUCAAACGUUGCUUUCGUCAAAGAAUCCUCAAUUUGCAGCAAUUACAGCGUUGCAGACCUUUGGCGUUCUAGUUGUCAAUUUGUUGAGGUAAUCUAAAGAGAUUGCACCCCAUGCUUCCUGAAGCACCUCCCACAAGUUGGAUUGGCUUGAUGGGCACUUCUUACGUACCAUACGGUCAAGCUGCUCCCACAACAGCUCAAUAGGGUUAAGAUCCGGUGACAGUGCUGGCCAAUCCAUUAUAGACAGAAUACCACCUGACUGCUUCUUCCCUAAAUAGUUAUUGCAUAGUUUGGAGAUGUGCUUUGGGUCAUUGUCCUGUUGUAGGAGGAAAUUGGCUCCAAUCAAGCGCCGUCCACAGGGUAUGGCAUGGCGUUGCAAAAUGGAGUGAUAGCCUUCCUUCUUCAAGAUCCCUUUUACCCUAUACAAAGCUCCCACUUUACCACCCCCAAAGAACCCUCAGACCAUCACAUUGCCUCCACCAUGCUUGACAGAUGGCAUCAAGCACUCCUCCAGCAUCUUUUCAUUUGUUCUGCGUCUCACAAAUGUUCUUCUUUGUGAUCCGAACACCUCAAGCUUCGAAUCGUCUGUCCAUAACACUUUUACGGGGCCUCUCACUCCUCUUUCUAUUCUGGUUAGAGCCAGUUUGAGCUGUUCUGUGAAGGGAGUAGUACACAGCGUUGUACGAGAUCUUCAGUUUCUUGGCAAUUUCUCGCAUGGAAUAGCCUUCAUUUCUCAGAACAAGAAUAGACUGACGAGUUUCAGAAGAAAGUUAUUUGUUUCUGGCCAUUUUGAGCCUGUAAUCAAACCCACAAUUGCUGAUGCUCCAGACACUCAACUAGUCUCAAGAAGGCCAGUUUUAUUGCUUCUUUAAUCAGCACAACAGUUUUCAGCUGUGCUAACAUAAUUGCAAAAGGGUUUUCUAAUGAUCAAUUAGCCUUUUAAAAUGAUAAACUUGGAUUAGCAAACACAACGUGCCACUAGAACACAGAACUGAUGGUUGCUGAUAAUGGACCUCUGAACGCCUAUGUAGAUAUUCCAUUAAAAAUCAUGCGUUUCCAGCUACAAUAGCCAUUUACAACAUUAACAAUGUCUACACUGUAUUUCUGAUCAGUUUGUUGUUAUUUUAAUGGACAAGAAAAUAGAUUUUCUUUUGAAAACAAGGACAUUUCUAAGUGACCCCAAACAUUUGAAUUGUAAUAUAUAUAUAUAUAUAUAUAAUAAUCAUGCCUUGUGGAAUCAAAAGCAUUCUUAAAAUCAACAAAACAUGUAAAUACUUUUCCGCUGCUUUUCUGAUGAGUAAGCUGGUUUACUAGUGUGUGUAAUUUGUGUAUGUGGUCUGUUGUUCUGUGUUUGGGUUAGAACACUAAUUCAUUUUUUGCUGAGAGCGUUAUGUUGUGUGAGAAAGGUCUGUAUUCAGUCAUUGAGAAUACAGCAGAAUAGUUUCCUCAUGUUACUGGUGAUACAUAUUCCUCUAUAGUUAUUAGGGUCUAAUUUGUCACCUUUUUUAUAUUUGGGGGUUAUUACCCCCUUGUUCCAAAAAUCAGGGAAGCAGCCACUCUCCAAAACCAGGUUGAAUAAGUAUUAAUUUGACAUCCUGCAGCUCAGGAGUACUAUGUUGAAGCAUUUCAUUCCUGAUGCUGUCAGGGCGCAUGCCUUCCAGGUUUAAGGCUUUGUAUUGUCUUCGAAAGUUCAGCCUGUGUAAUUUGGUAUUGGUAGUCAAUUGGGUUCUGGUUAUUUUUAAUUGUGUGUUCUAGGGAGCUUUUUCUUGCACAUUUUAAAGUAAGGUCUUCUGAUGGUAAUAUUCCAUAGAGACUUUCAAAAUGAUCUUUCCAAAUGUUGCCAUUUUGAAUGGCUAGGUCAUUUCUCUGUUUUCCAUUUAGACCAUUCCAUUUCUCCCAGAACUGGUUUUAUCAAUGGAGUCUUCAAUCUCUUUCAGAGUGUUCCCAAAAUGCUUCUGUUUCUUACAUCUUAGGUUUUGUUUGUAUUCUUUCAAUGUGUCACAAUAUUGUUGCCAAACAUCCCUAUCCUGUGGUUGGUGAUGUUAUCUACUUGAUAAAGAUCUACAUUUUUUCCUUAUGAGAUUACAUUCCACAUCAAAAGCAUUUCUCUUUUUGAGGUUUCCAAUUAGAACUGUUUUUUCUUUUGCAUAAAUAUGCAAGAUAGAUAUAAUGUAAUUUAUUCACAGCCAAAUGUAUUUCACUAACUCCUUUCCAUUUUUGUUCACUACCUGGUCAGAGCUAUUUCUAUUACUACUGAUGGAAAUCAGGUAUAAGGAGGGAUGUCCAAAUAUACAGUAUGUCUAUUACCCGUUUCUACACAUUCAGGUUCAGAACCUGUUCUAGCAUUAAAAUCCCCCCACAAAAGUACAUUUCCCUCAGAUUGAAACUGGUUGGUCUCUCUUUGGAGAUUAUCAUAAAACUGAUCAUCAUAGUAAGAUGAAUCUGAGGGAGAAGCAUACACCACACCUAUAUAUAAAUCAUUGUCACUAAGGAUUUUGCCUUUGUUGAGUUUUAACCAAAUAUGGGUUUUACCCUUUUUCAUUUGGCUCAGUGAAAGGUCCUGGUUAUACCAUAUGAUCAUUCCUCCCGAGACCCUGCCCUGUUUUAUGUUUUUAUGUUUUCAAAAUGGAAGUGUAAGUCGCUCUGGAUAAGAGCGUCUGCUAAAUGACUAAAAUGUAAAAUGUAAAAAAUGUAAGUGGAAUUUCUCUAUAGCCUGAAGGACAUUGAGUAUCACCACUUCACCAUUUUUCUAGAAGUAUUAUUAUGUCUUGACCUUUGGUGUUGUCAAGACCUAAGGUAGAGGACUACAAGCCCUGGAUAUUCCAAUAACUUAUAGUUAAUGAUCUCAUUUCAUAUAAGUAUAUACAUCUAAUUACAUAUAAUUUGGUUAGAGUAAAGUACAUAGGAAAUUAAUACACAAGCAAAUAUAGAACAGGAAAAUUAAAACGUGUGUGUGUGUGUGAGAAAAACAAAAACAUAAUAAAUACAAGUGUGGGUGUAAUAAUAAUAAUAAUAAUAAUAAUAAUAAAAGGUUAUCUCUCUCUCCCUGCUCUCUCUCCCUGCUCUAUCUGUCUCUCUCUCUGCCUCUCUCUCUCUCUCUCUCUCUCUCUCUCUCUCUCUCUCUCUCUCUCUCAAACACACACCAUCUCUUUCCCUCCAUACUCUCUCUGCCUCUCUCUCUGCCCCUUCUCUCUUCUGCUUUCCCUAUAGUCUUACUCAAUUUGUGAUGACUUAGACAAGUGGUAUUUCUCUAUCUCUCUCUCACGCUCACGCGCGCUCUCUCUCUCACACACUAUCUCUUUCCCUCCAUGCUCUCUCUCCUCUCUCCUCUCGCUCUCUCUCUCUCACACACACUAUCUCUUUCCCUCCAUGCUCUCUCUGCCUCUCUCUCUCUUCCCCUUCUCUCUUCUGCUUUCCCUAUAGUCUUACUCAAUUUGUGAUGACUUAGACAAGUGGUAUUUCUUGCCCAUUAUUGGACAUUGUGUCUGAACUAUUUCACUAUUGUGCUGCACUAUUGAAACCUGUCCAGGUUUCUAACAAGUCUAUGCCAGUGUGUGUGUGCAUGUGUGAGUGGGUGUGGUUGUCUGUGUGUGUGUGCGCUUGCAUCUCUUUCCUGCUCCACUCCUCAGUCCUCCUGGCACCGUCCUCCAAUCCAUUUUCAUCGUUUUUAUCAUCAGGGCUAAUUUCUGUCUGUAAUCUGAUUAGGGGCUCUGAGCAGCUUUAGCACCCUGCCUGCAGCCUCUCUCUCUCUCUCUCUCUCUCUCUCUCUCUCUCUCUCUCUCUCUCUCUCUCUCUCUCUCUCUCUCUCUCUCUCUCUCUCUCUCUCUCUCUCUCUCUCUCUCUCUCUCUCUCUCUUUGCACUGAGCUCCCUGGCUGAGCUCACUCACCACACACACACACACAGAGUCUGUUUGUCUUUCAGGUUGCUGGCCUGAGCUGGGGAUCCACUCAGUGUGGUCAGGCCUUAAUGCUAUUUGCCUCGAUGUUUGUCUGUGUAGUACCUCACUGUCACAGUCUGUCAGUCUGUCUGCAUCACUGCUGCUGUGACUGUCUGUGAACACCGCUAGCUGCGGGACAACCCGAGCCUGUCAGCAGCGUAUGUUCUGUCCGUCUUCAGCCUCCCUACAAACAUGUUCCGGAACCCAUGGAUCACUAAUUAUCUGUGCCAUGUCAAAUACGGUGUCGGUGGGCAAGGUAAGGGCAAGGAGGAGGAGGGGACUCUGGAGUGUGUGUGGUGUGUGUGUAUGUGUAUGUGGUAGGCUUUGACUUAGUAGUUAGCACUUAUUGUCCAUUCAUAGUAAAGAACUGUCCUUGUGUUGUGCAGUGAGUGAGAGAUUCCAAGGACAUGAGUUACUUUGAUUCGGUGCAUGCUCUGUUAGGGACUCGACUGGCUUUGACUGUGUGUGUGUGCAUGCGUGUGUGCAUGUGUGGGUAUGUGUGUGUGUGUGCGUGCAUGGGUAUGUGUGUGUGUGUGUGUAUGUAUGUGCGUGUGUGUGUGCGCACGCGCGUGUGUGUGUGUGUGCAAGGGCUGCUACAGCUGCAGUAGCCCCAUUGAAUAAUGAAUCAAGUAUCCAUUUGUCCAUGUGGACUGAAGAAGUGUACCUGUUGCUGUUUCUUUGUUACUUUCUUCUCAUCUGAUAAAAACUUCCCAAGUAGUCAACAGGUGCUUUAUCCUUGGUACAUCAUUACUGUAUUGCUGCAAACCAUUAUACCCCCCCUUGCUGCAAACCAUUAUACCCCCCUCAUCCAUGCACUUCAGGCUUGUAUGUAUCAAGCGUCUCAGAGUAGGAGUGCUGAUCCAUUUAGAUUUAUGCUAGGAUCUGUUAGGUCUUUUAGAUUAUAAUGAAUGGAGAGGGGGGACCUGAUCGUAGAUCAGCACUCCUACUCUGAGACCCUUUAUGAAUACGUGACCCUGAUAUCAGACUAUGAAGGCUGAUAGAGAGGGUGGUUUCCAUGACUUUAACUGAGGAUGGACACAUUCUCUCAAGUCUAUUCGCUCCUGUGAUGCCCGCCUGCCUUGAGACGAGACGAGGGGCAGUUUGUUUAACAGGGUCUAUUUUUCAGCUUGUCCUUUCCUCUGUGUAUUAAUAGAAAACCCCUUUCUUCACUGAGCUCACUUUUGAAAGUCAGUCUCCUAAGCUCGUCUUUGGCAUGUCCUUUUCGCUCGGCUGCCCACGAACCAACUGGACAUUGUCAUGGGUGGGCGACUGACCUGUCUCUGAUUAAGAUGACCUGAUUGGCACAUUCGCUCUCAGGCCACCACCCAUGACAACACCAGGGGACACUAUUUGGCAUGACAGCCUUUUGGUGGCCUGUCAUGCCAAAUAAUGUCCCCCUGCCAAAAAGUGUCCCCCCUCGCGUCACAUUGGGAUUCGAUAAGCCAUUAGUGUCCGUUGCUAUAUCAAUGGUGUGAUUUUGGAGAUCAUUACAGCCUAAAUGACGUUCUUUUCAUCCCCACUAUGUAAACAAAGCUGAUUUCCACUACAAUUUCGUUGUUUAAAGAAGUUUUGUUUAUCUCAUGAGAUGAAAACAGUACUUCAAACUAGAGGAGCCUUGUCCCGUAACAUGACCUGCCUCCUAUACUGGGGAGAAACUUUACAACAGGGUCAUGUUUCUGCCUGCCUGGGGUAGAGGGAGGGUCAACCAUGCUAUGGGCUAUCUACCUACCCAGAACUGGAUGAGAGCUGGUUUUCCCAUUUUACCUUUGGGAUGACAGUGGAAGUUGAUAAAAACGCUUCUUCAUGGACCUUGGUUGGAGAGCAAGGUAGCAGCAGUGUUAUUAGAUAUUUCAUUGAAAACGCAGUUGUUUCGCUCUCAUUUUCCAAUGGUUAUUGAUUGAUAUUGAAGGAGUGAAUGCCUUAUUUAGGCUGGAGUCUAGAGUUAGUGACUGUAGCAGGCAAGUGCUGGUUGUCUACAAUGUGUAAUUCCAUCAUGUUUCCAUUUAGAUUAUGAUGAUGACAUAAUAUGAUUUUUUGUCAGAUUGCAGUGGAAGAUUGAGUCAUUGUAAAACAUGGUGGAGUCCUGUUUUGGUCCACUAUGACACAUUCUUGAUAUGUCUUUGUAAUAUUUAUGUAAUCAGUCCUUUUUUAUCAGGUAAUUCAUUUGGAGAGUUUCACCACACUGUUUCACCACACUGUGUGACAGGAACAAUCAAACCAAUUAACUUACACAGAAGUAGGACAUAUUUUUCUUACAUAUUUUCUCUCUCUGUUUCUCCAGGCUUUGGAACUGAGGCUCCAGUCAAACUCUGCACUUCAACCUCACUGCCAACAGAAGCUCUAAGGUGGGGGAAGCCAUUUUGUGUGCAGUUCUCGCGUGUCAUAUUCUAACAUAUACAGUAGACCCAUUUCACACAUUGCACGCACAAUUAUGCGUCAGAAAGAGUAUUUUUUAUCAAAGAAAGUGAUUGAGCCAACAUUAAACUUCAGAUGUAAGUCAACAAAUGUAAGAUAAUUUGAUUAGGUUGUUAUUGCAAACAUUACAUAUUGUAAUCCUGAAGAACAUGCAAUCGGCCCCAUGUUGUUAUACAGUUGAAGUCGGAAGUUUACUACACCUUAGCCAAAUACAUUUAAACUUUGUUUUUCACAAUUCCUGACAUUUAAUCCUAGUAAAAAUUCCCUGUCUUAGGUCAGUUAGGAUCACCACUUUAUUUUAAGAAUGUGAAAUGUCAGAAUAAUAGUAGAGAGAAUUAUUUAUUUCAGCUUUUAAUUCUUUCAUCACAUUCCCAGUGGGUCAGAAGUUUACAUACACUCAAUUAGUAUUUGGUAGCAUUGUCUUUAAAUUGUUUAACUUGGGUCAAACGUUUCGGGUAGCCUUCCACAAGCUUCCCACAAUAAGUUGGGUGAAUCUUUGCCCAUUCCUCCUGACAGAGCUUGUGUAACUGAGUCAGGUUUGUAGGCCUCCUUGCUCGCACACGCUUUUUCAGUUCUGCCCUCACCUUUUCUAUAGGAUUGAGGUCAGGGCUUUGUGAUGGCCACUCCAAUACCUUGACUUUGUUGUCCUUAAGCCAUUUUGCCACAACUUUGGAAGUAUGCUUGGGGUCAUUGUCCAUUUCGAAGACCCAUUUGCGACCAAGCUUUAACUUCCUGACUGAUGUCUUGAGAUGUUGCUUCAAUAUAUCCACAUAAUUUUCCUUCCUCAUGAGGCUGCAACCCCCGUGCUUCAAAGUUGGGAUGGUGUUCUUCGGCUUGCAAGGCACCCCCUUUUUCCUCCGAACAUAACGAUGGUCAUUAUGGCCAAACAGUUCUAUUUUUGUUUCAUCAGACCAGAGGACAUUUCUCCAAAAAGUAUGAUCUUUGUCCCCAUGUGCAGUUGCAAACCGUAGUCUGGCUUUUUUAUGGAGGUUUUGGAACAGUGCUUCUUCCUUGCUGAGCAGCCUUUCAGGUUUCGUUUUACUGUGGAUAUAGAUACUUUUGUACCUGUUUCCUCCAGCAUCUUCACAAGGUCCUUUGCUGUUGUUCUGGUAUUGAUUUGCACUUUUCGCACCGAAGUACGUUCAUCUCUAGGAGACAGAACGCGUCUCCUUCCUGAGCGGUAUGACGGCUGCGCGUUCCCAUGGUGUUUAUACUUGCGUACUAUUGUUUGUACAGAUGAACAUGGUACCUUCAGGUGUAUGGAAAUUGCUCCCAAGGAUGAACCAGACUUGUGGAGGUCUACAAUUAUUUUUCUGAGGUCUUGGCUGAUUUCUUUUGAUUUUCCCAUGAUGUCCAGCAAAGAGGCACUGAAUUUGAAGGUACACCUUGAAAUACAUCCACAGGUACACCUCCAAUUGACUCAAAUGAUGUCAAUUAGCCUAUCAGAAGCUUCUAAAGCCAUGACAUCAUUUUCUGGAAUUUUUCAAGCUGUUUAAAAGGCACAGUCAACUUAAUGUAUGUAAACUUCUGACCCACUGGAAUUGUGAUACAAUCAAUUAUAAGUGAAAUAAUCUGUCUGUAAACAAUUGUUGGAAAAAUUACUUGUGUCAUGCAUAAAGUAGAUGUCCUAACCGACUUGCCAAAACUAUAGUUUGUUAACAAGAAAUUUGUGGAGUGGUUGAAAAAUAAGUUUUAAUGACUCCAACCUAAGUGCAUGUAAACUUCCGACUUCAACUGUAUCUCAUACAUCAUCAAGAUAGGGAUAGUUAAGGAUAAGGGUAGGUUCUUCAGACUGGUUUAAGACUCAUCUUGCCCAGUAAGCAUUAAAAGCUGGACAUGCUUGGAGCAGCUUAUCCUAAGAUGCUUUGUUCAAAUGGCAGAACAGAAGAACUGUAAUACCUCCAUUAGGAUUGAAUUGUCUCCCCUAUUCACUAGUCUCUACCUUCCUAUCCUGAUGGAAUUAGUGUACUUCUGUAACUGACAGCUCCUUUGCUGUAUCCAUUCAAUGCUAGUCUAUGUCAAGAUUCUCCACCCUUUUCCCAAAGUGUGCACUUGCAAACUUCCUGAAAUGGAUUUAACAAUGUUAAACAUUCUUUCUAACCAAUGCUCACACCAAUCUAAUGUUAUUAAAUAUAUCAUACUAAAGCAGUCGAACGUAGCAUAUCAUACUAAAGCAGUCGAACGUAAUAUAUCAUACUUACGCAGUCGAACAUAAUAUAUCAUACUAAACGGGUCAAAGCAAACUGUCAAGACGUAGGAUACUAUACGUCCUACAAUUCCUAUUAUAUUGUACGACCGCUAUUACAUUGGUAGGCAAAUGUAAUGUAACGCAACGUAAAGUAACAUAUCAUAAUAAAUGGAAUGGCACAGAUUUUAGUAAAAUAUAAUACGUUUUGCUCUGAGGCCAGGUUGGGGUGGAGAAUCAGAGAUACUAUAAGUAGAGAUACUAUAAUUCAUUUAAUUUGUUAAUUAUAGGAUUUCUAUGGUCAUGUGGUCAUUCAGUAAUGUUUCAUAGAGUUGUACUGUUUCACAUCGGACCAUUGUGAGAUCUUUUGAUUGACAAGUAAGAGGGUCAGAAUGUUCCAUUGUGACAGCAGAGAUGUUUAGAAGAUACUUGCCUGGCUUUGUGUCCUUUUGAUUGCUCUGGAUAAAGCCACUAGGACAUGAUCCUGACAGUUUCCUGGAGGUGUGCCAUGUUAGGGUUAGGGGUUAACCUAGUUCUUAGCUAGAUCCCUCUUCCCUCACGGAAGUGGAAGCACAGUACAAAAUUACCUAAACUGACCCUGGGGACUGACAGUAUGUGUAUCCCUUUAAAGGCAGUGAAUACAGUAAUAGUAGUAGACACGACUGUGCCUUCACAAUCUUAAAAUGGUUUAUUAGAAUCACCAACUUAGUGGCCUUGUGGUUAGAGUGUCAGCUCUGAGAUUUGGAGGUUCGAUCCCAGUUCGAGUCAUACCAAAGACUCUAAAAAUGGAACCCUAUGCUUGGCACUCAGUGUUAAGGAGAUGGAUUGGGGGCCUGCGAUAGACUAGUGUGCUGUCCAGGGGGUGUGCUUGUACAUCAAGCUACAGAAACAUGAGAUAUUAUAAUUUCUUUAGCCAUUUGAUGUCCAUAUGUCCAAUAUGUGAGAUGAUAUAUCCAGUAUGAAUUUGUUGGCACCUCACUGAAGACUGGUAUACAACUUAUAUACAGUACAUCUUGAAUAGCAAGUCUCAUGAUAAGAUGCUAGAUUCAUUUGAACUCUUUUACUUUCAGCUUUCAGAACGACUUUUCCUUCAGGGACAAGACCGAGCUGGUCAAGAGUGCUACUGAUAUCGAUGCCAAUCUUCUGGCAGUACUACCCAAGGGUGAGCUGCUUCCCAAACACAGACUGCGUCCCAAAUGGCACCCUAUUCUCUAUACAGGGGAUUUGGGACGCACACCUAGUUAUUGCGAUAGGAAUAAUGAACUGACUAACUAACAGAUUGCUGUCAUGCCAUGUUUUGUAAUUUUUUAUAUCUAUUUUUUUUCCCAGUUUCAGAAUUAAAGAAACAUUUUGAAAGCGUUGUCUCGAGUGGUUUGGAAAUGAACAGGUAUGUUUGCAUAUGUCGAAAUCAUAACCCUUGACAACCCUCCCUCUGUCCCUCCUUUCCAUACAUCCUUCAAUUUCUCAUCAACUCUCGUAGUUACCUCAGACCGUUUCAUGUUGAUACUGUGUAGGGCUGCAAAAUUCCGGUAAAUUUCCCAACAUUCCCAGGUUUUCCUUGAAAAUCCUGGUUUGAGAAUUCCGGAUGUCUUGCUUAUUUCAUUCUAAUUCUGGGAAUGUUCCAACUGGGAUUUUUGGAAAACCUGGAAUUUUGUAACCCUCUCCUGUAUAAACAGGAGUCACUGUUGAGGACCUCUUUCCUGAGGAAUGUGGUUGUUUUUCAUGAUUAUGUUAUAUUUUUCUGGUGUAUUUCCUAUGCUCCUAUGCUGCCUUGAUUGUGUAAUUGUCAUGUAACUGUUGAGAUAUGAUAAUACAGUCAUCUCUAUACCCCCCCCCCCCCCCCUGUCUGUCUGUCUCUGCCUGGUAUGAAGCAGGAAGGAAAGGAUAUCCAGGCGUCUGGAGGGUAUAGAGAGUGAGGUUCCUCUUGCCCUGAUACCUAGCUGUGCCGGCCUGGUGGCCAACCGUAUGCUGGAGGAGGACCCGCCACGAUACACCCGGGUCUCAGACCCCUGUGAGCCAACCAUGGGUACGCAUACUGACCACACAAGGCAAUGUAAGCCCUGUAUGAAACAUAUACUGUAGACUUGACUUACUGUACUUGUAUGCUAGUGAGGGGGAAUGCAUAUGACACCUAGACCCUUAUUCAGAGCAUGGGUUGUUAGGUUCUGAUUAUAUUUGGAUGGAGAAAGGUUAUAUUUGGGAGAGAGGCAUGGUAGGCCUGCCUGUAUGUUUAACUGUGUGUCUGGGUUUCUCCUGGUUCCACAGUGAGACCAUGCCAUGUUUGAGACAUUGUUGUGUUCAUAUGAUUUAGGCUACGUCCCAAAUGGCACCCUGUUCCUUAUAUAGUAGUGCCUAUGCGGGUCUGGUCAAAAUGUGUAUGCUAUAAAGGGAAUUGGGUUCCAUUUGGGACACAUCCUUACUGUGUGCUUAUCUCCCUCCUGGUUCCACAGUGAGUCGUUACAGCAGAGAGCAGAUGGAGGUCCCACAGAUGCCGGUGUCCUCCCCAGACAGACAGUCUAGGGCCCGGGGCAGACCGGGGGACCAUCCUGGUCCGGCCGCCCACCCCCAUGCAGAGCCUGCCCUAUCCCCUUCCGGUGGCCCAGUGGAUCCAGCCAGCCUCAGUUCCAAGGCAGAGCGGAUCGCCCGCUACAAAGCCGAGCGCCGGCGCCAGCUCUCCGAGCGUUACGGCAUCCUCUUGGAUCAGGAGAUAGACAUGGACUACAGUCCUCGCUACUUGUGCUCACGUAGAGAGUCUGACGUCUCGGAUAGAGGGGCCCCAGCAGUCACAGAGCGUAGGAGAGACAGAGAUAGAGAAAGACAAGAGGUGGAGGAGGGAGGAGGAGUAGGGCGGGAGAGUUCCCGCAGAACUCCCUACAGCUCUGGAGUGGGCAGGGUCUACAUGCAGGCUCACCCUGCUGAGCCUACUCCUGGACACGCUCCUGCCCCAGGUCAUGGUCCAGCCCAUGCAGGCCUUACCCAUACUCAAGCCCCUCCGCCCACCUGGGAGAGGGCCGGCACCUUCUCAGAGCAGGAGAGGAUGAUGAACCUGGAGAACCACCGGCGGGCCCAGGAGAGGACGAUGACAGGGGGCCUCAGAGGAGCCAGCAACAGGCCCCAGGAUCAUGCCCAUGACCCAUCCAUCCAGCAGCUCAGCCAUCCUCCAUCCAGGGCCUCCUCCAGAGAAUCCUACAGCGUGGCGGCCAUCCCCAGCUCCCCUCGUACGGCCCGCCGGGCCUCCCUGCCCUCUACACGCUACGGAAUCUCCCCCGGGGACCUGUUCAUCGAGCAGCAGGCUCAGGCCAUCCUCGGCAGACAGGGGUGAGUUCAGAUCAGCUUUGCUGUCAUAAUGCACUCUGUCUCCAAUUAGUUUGAUCUCUGUACUCAGGUUGUUUUUAGUAUGAAAUAGUUUCAAACGUAGUUUAUGCACAUCCAAUGACUUGCAGGUGCUGGGUACAAAAACAACUAAUGUAAAGAUAGAUAUUGGCACACUGAUGAAUGUUCCCACUAUCUCUGGGGUGGGCGGAGGGGCUUGGGUAGGGUUAUAGCCAUUAUAAUGUUUUAUUUCUGUAUCAAAACAGGUUGCUUUCAGUAGUAACUGACCACUUUAAGGAGUAGUUGCUGUAUUUUGCUGCCCUUGUGCUGUUGUUGGUAACAGUUUUUAGUGGUGCCAGUGGGGGUUGUAUCCAGACUGUGGACUGUUCUGGUUUCAUAGAGGAGGUACUCUGCCUGCCUGGGUAUCUCAUCAGGGGCCGCAGAGGGGGCAGAGUGGCUACAUGGUGGGUUUGUGUGGGGGUAAGGGGGCCAUCUAUGAUGGGGGAUUUGUUAAGUUGGUUGGGUUUCACAGCUUGCCCUGUAAGGGCAAGCCCAUAGAGUUAGAUAGAGUGCUCAUCUUUGCCCCUGAAAACAGGCUUUGUGCCAAGUGUGCCCUCUAUCUAACUCUAUGGCUAGACCUGAGGCCAGACCAGAGACGGUAGAGAACGCGAGACAUCUCACUGGCAAAUUUUUUUUUGGCAGGUCAGGUGAGGCGAGCGGGGAGGUGACAAUAAGUAGACCAGAGUCAGCUGUUAGUGGUCCUCUGUAGCUCAGCUGGUAGAGCACGGCGCUUGUAACGCCAAGGUAGUGGGUUCGAUCCCCGGGACCACCCAUACACAAAAAAAAUGUAUGCACGCAUGACUGUAAGUCGCUAUGGAUAAAAGUGUCUGCUAAAUGGCAUAUUAUUAUUAUUAUUAUUGGGCAGUUUCCCAUUGAAAAAAAAUCCUGUCUGUGUAAGUGGGCGUUCCCUCUCUCGCAUGAACAUGCCAGAGAUUAUGGAGGAACCGUGAGCUCACGCAGGAAAGCAUGCUCACGUGAGAGAGGGAACCUUGAACAUUUUUUCCAAUGGUAAACUACCUGAAUACGACAUCUUCAUUUAUCCGCAAUUUUUGGCCAGACCAGACCAGAGAGAGAGAGAGAGAGAGAGAGAGAGAGAGAGAGAGAGGACAGGGUCCAGAUGUCUUCUUAUAGCAUUGAUUAAUAUUGAUAUUUCCGACAUAGUGCACUACUUUUGGGCCCUGGUCAAAAGUAGUGCACUAUAUAGGGAAUAUGGUGCAAUUUGGGACAAACCACAGUAUUAUAGUCCUAAUGGCCCAGCACCAUUCUAAGCUAUGUCGUCAUCUUCACCACAUUGCUCCUGUAGCCUGGCAGUGUUGUCUCAGAGCGACUGGUCUCUCCAGACAGACUCAGAAGGUGAUGCUGCUGCCACUCAGUUUGUCAUCAGUUGGCCCUCCAGGUACAGUGGUAGGAAUAUACUGUAGGGGCAGACCUGAGUUCAAAUACUUUUUGUAAAUCUUUUAAAUACUUUUAGCAUUUGCUUUAGCCUGCAGGUGGGCAGGGUUUGUCCUUUUGAGAUUUGAUUAUAUGUUCUAUUGCAACAGGCAAGCUCACUCAAGCACAGAUUUGAAAUGAUGUCUAAUAGCAUUUGAACCCAGGACUGUGUACCAUAUGGGUGUGUCUGUAGACCCCAAAACAUUUACCUAACACAUCCUCCCAACAGAUAGACAAUCUAUAUAAUUUAUAUUAUAAUAUAUCCCAUAUAAAAUAUUACUAUAUAAUCAUAGUAAUCAUUCCCCUUUGUCAUCUCCAAGUUAACUGGUGUUUUUUAGUUCUCAGUGUGAGGUUUGGAUUGCAGUUCUUUAACUCUCCUUCCCAACCCCCUAAUUUUUUAAUCAGCGUUUUGGACUUCUCAUCCAUUUUAAUUAUCCUUAAAACUUCUAAGCCUCCUCAUUGGGGAAUCGGAUGGAAACCUGAAUGCACACAAGUAGUAGAAGUGAAUGCUUUGGUAACUUCUAAGAAUGUUAUCUCUCAAAUGUCAUCAAAACUGCUCAUCAGGGAAUCAGAUGGAAACCUGGAUGCACACAAGUUAUAGAAGUGAAUGCUUUGGUCAUACGUUAGUUAUUGGUCAGAUAUGUAGUAUACAGUAGCAGGGCCCUGUUUCCCAAAACCCUCCUAGUGCUACAAUCAUCGUACAGUAAGAACCACAAUUAUUUUCCAAUCGUUUCAUUCUGAACAGAACCAUAUUUUUUUUGUUCCGUUCCAAUGUUCCGACCAGCAAAAUAUAGUUCUGAACCAGUUCGAACCCAAAAAAGUACCACUUCAUAUCAUUCCUUUUUUGUUAAUAUUUAUUUAAAAAUGUAUUUAUUUUAUUAUUAUUUUUAUAAAACAAAAUAGGGGGAUAUAUCAGCUUUAAUAUUGCUGAUAGAUUGUGGCUUCUGUCAAUGUAAUUGUCUGCAUAAUUUCCAAUCCCCCAUAUAUACACUACCAGUCAAAAGUUUGGACACACCUACUCAUUCAAGGGUUUUUCUUUAUUUUUACUAUUUUUUACAUUGUACAAUAAUAGUGAAGACAUCAAAAAUAUGAAAUAACACAUAUGGAAUCAUGUAGUAACCAAAAAAGUGUUAAACAUAUCAAAAUAGAUUUUAUAUUUUAUAUUCUUCAAAUAGCCACCCUUUGCAUUGAUGACAGCUUUGCACACUCUUGGCAUUCUCUCAACCAGCUUCAUGAGGUAGUCACCUGGAAUGCAUUUCAAUUAACAGGUGUGCCUUCUUAAAAGUUAAUUUGUGGAAUUUCUUUCCUUUGUAAUGUGUUUGAGCCAAUCAGUUGUUUUGUGACAAGGUAGGGGGGUGGGGUAUACAGAAGAUAGCCCUAUUUGGUAAAAGACCAAGUCCAUAUUAUGGCAACAACAGCUCAAAUAAGCAAAAAGAAACAACAGUCCAUCAUUAUUUUAAGACAUGAAGGUCAGUCAACACAGAACAUUUCAAGAACUUUGAAAGUUUCUUCAAGUGCAGUCUCAAAAACCAUCAAGCGCUAUGAUGAAACUGUCUCUCAUGAGGACCACCACAGGAAUGGAAGACCCAGAGUUACCUCUGCUGCAGAGGAUAAGUUCAUUAGAGUUACCAGCCUCAGAAAUUGCAGCCCAAAUAUAUGCUUCACAGAGUUCAAGUCACAGACACAUCUCAACAUCAACUGUUUAAAAGGGACUGUGUGAAUCAGGCCUUCAUGGUCGAAUUGCUGCAAAUAAACUACUACUAAAGGACACCAAUAAGAAGAAGAGACCUGCUUGGGCCAAGAAACAAGAGCAAUGGACAUUAGACCGGUGGAAAUGUGUCCUUUAAUCUGGAGUCCAAAUUGGAGAUUUUGUGUUCCAAGCACCGUGUCUUUCUGAGACGCGGUGUGGGUGAACGGAUGAUCUCCGCAUGUGUAGUUCCCACCGUAAAGCAUGGAGUAGGAGGUGUUAUUGUGUGGGGGUGCUUUGCUGGUGACACUGUCAGUGAUUUAGAAUUCAAGGCACACUUAACCGCCAUGGCUACCACAGCAUUCUGCAGCGAUACGCCAUCCCAACUGGUUUGGGCUUAGUGGGACUAUCAUUUGUUUUUCAACAGGACAUUUUACAUUUACAUUUACUUACAUUUUAGUCAUUUAGCAGACGCUCUUAUCCAGAGCGACUUACAGUUAGUGAAUACAUAUAUAUAUUUUUUUAUACUGGCCCCCUGUGGGAAUCGAACCCACAACCCUGGCGUUGCAAACGCCAUGCUCUAUCAACUGAGCUACAUCCCUGCCGGCCAUUCCCUCCCCUACCCUGGACGACGCUGGGCCAAUUGUGCGCCGCCCAUGAGUCUCCCGGUCACGGCCGGCUGCGACAGAGCCUGGAUUCGAACCAGGAUCUCUAGUGGCACAGUUAGCACUGUGAUGCAGUGCCUUAGACCACUGCGCCACUCCACCACUGCGCCACCCAACACACCUCCAGGCUGUGUAAGGGCUAUUUUACCAAGAAGGAGAGUGAUGGAGUGCUGCAUCAGAUGACCUGGCUUCCACAAUCCCCCGACCUCAACCAAAUUGAGAUGGUUUGGGAUGAGUUGGACAGCAGAGUGAAAGAAAAGCACCCAACAAGUGCUCAGCAUAUGUGGGAACUCCUUCAAGACUGUUGGAAAAGCAUUCCAGGUGAAGCUGGUUGAGCGAAUGCCAAGAGUGUGCAAAGCUGUCAUCAAGGCAAAGGGUAGCUAUUUGAAGAAUAUCAAAUAUAAAAUCUAUUUUGAUAUGUUUAACACUUUUUUGGUUACUACAUGAUUCCAUAUGUGUUAUUUCAUAGUUUUGAUGUCUUCACUAUUAUUCUACAAUGUAGAAAAUAGUAAAAUAAAGAAAAACCCUUGAAUGAGUAGGUGUGUCCAAACUUUUGACUGGUACUGUAUAUAUUUGUAAAAUAUAUUUUCCUUCUUUAUUAUUUUAUAUCAUUUCUUUCUGUUCCUUUUUAAAACUGCAUAGGAAAGUCAUUAAGAGCAAAUUGUAUUUUGCCAUUACAGCAUUGUUAAAUCAUAAUGAAAGACAAACACACAUUGUGCUGCCAGUCACAGUGUAGGGCACAAGAUGCAACUGAAACUUUGAGGGUGAGAGAGCGAGAAAGGAUGGAGGAAGCUUGCCUUGAAGCACUGGGCAUCUUGCUAUGACAUGCAUUAUCUCAAUUAUGGCCUAUUGUAUAGAUAAUAGAAGAAAAAUGAACAAUCACCUUGAUUUAGCACCACAGUUUCUUUAUGAAAAUAUUUAGCGAACUCCAUGACAGUAGCUAAAUCAAGGGGCUAUAGCAGCAAACAAGUAGACUACAAAUGCAUGCUGGGUCGGGCAUGCCCUGAGCUCGUGAAGUCAGUGCUACUGGAGCGCUACUGGAGCAAAAUUGGAGCGGGUGAGAAGGUCAACGCUCCAGCCUUUGGGAAUCUUGCUCCACACUCCAGUCAAAUUGGGCACGCUCCACUCCUCUUUCCACUCCAAUUCCGCUCCAGCUCCGCUCCGCUCACAUACACUGUAGCCUACACACACCCACUGGCAAAUAUUUCCAGCUGGCAGGCAGAUGCUGGAAUACGUUUCUGAGUGACAGAGUGAGAGCUUUGCAUAGAUGCUUUGUUGCGAUUUUUGUAGAAAAAAAAAAUGCUGGAAUGUUAAAUAACGUUAUUCGCCGGUUCCCAUGCUUUUAAAAUAAUGGUUCUUUUCCGGAACAGUAUAGAUCAAUUUCGUUUUUGGUUUGGGUUCUGUCCCUCAAAUAUAUAUAUAUAUUUUUUUUUUUCGGUUUUCGUUUCUGUUCCCUGAACCUGUACCAACCCUUGGUAAGAACCCUCAGGGAAUUCUCUGUAUGUACUCUGUUGUACAUAUAUAUGUACGUAUAUUCAGAUUUUAAUGACAGGGUGACACAGUUCAAGCAGACUCUACCUGUGUCCCAAAUAGCACCCAUUUCCCUAUAUACUGCACUGCUUUUGACAAGGGCCAAUGGGGCUCUGGUCAAAGGUAAUGCACUGUAUAGGGAAUAGGGUUCUAUUUGGGACACAUACUAUGUGUGUCCUGAGUUUGAUAGGCAGAGGAGUUGGGCUGUAUGAGAGUGAGUACUGAGUACUGUAGGUGUUGGGGUGUGAACAUUAGUCAGAUGCUCGGUCUAACGCAGCCUGUGUGGCUGUGUCCACUGAGUCAGCAAAUGCCAGCUGAGUGAGUCUGUCUGCACUCAUAUAGGCUGCCGACUCACUGAGACACAGUCAGAACUACCGUGAAAUUACCUGAUUGUGUAAAUCUGAAAACAAACCAUGUUAUGCCUUGUAGAAUGUGUUUAUUAUUCAUGUUGACAAGAGUCAGCUGGAUAUCUGGGAAUUGGGAAUUGCUGCUAAUGGCAUUUCAGCCAAUCAGAUUGCACAUUUCUCCUACCCCGUUUUCUAGGAUAAAUCAUGUUUUAUUUAGGAUUACAAUUAGUGCCUUUUUAACUUUCUGUCUAGGCAUGUAGGCUACACAGUGGAUAUCACUAGCGUGACUAGAGUGUUCUGUAGGCUUGACCGGCCUUAAGACCUUGUGCUGAGGAAAGUGUUAGCUAGGCUAGUGGGGUAUAUUUUUGGAGCUGAGUUUGGCCCAGAUACUCUGCAUGGCUGGCCAGCUGAAGGCAGGGCUGUAGUGUGAGAGGUGCUGGGCCCAUGGCCAGCCUUACUUUGAGGAGUAUGGACAGGUGAGUGUGGGUCUACCAAGCAUAGCCCGCUGAGGCCCUGCACCAAGCCGGUAGAAACCUGUCUGGGUUGUGUCCCAAAUGGUACCCUAUUCCCUAGAUACAGUAAUGCACACAUUUUGACCAGAGCCCUAUGAGCCCUGGACUAUAUAGGGAAUAGGGUGCCAUUUCAGACACAGAACUGGAGUGGAUUGUAAAGCUUGACGGUUCCCUUGUAUUUAUUAGCAGAACGUUGCUAUCUGGGUCAUUUCAUAGCCUCUCUGUUUGACGGACACAGCACUUCAUUUACAAAGAGGUUCUAGCUAUGUUCAGCUUUCCAACAGGUAUAUAAGUGGCAACCACUCCAACCAACAUAGGAUCUGCAGUGCAGCCUGUGUGGCCUAGCCUGAUCCCAGAUCUGUUUAUGCUUUUGCCAACUCCAUUGCUGUCAUUGUCAAACCCAACAUGAGUGACAAGGAGUUGGCAUGCUAGCACCAACAUAUUUGCACUCAGGCUAUGUGUGACCUUGUCUGCCUAGUAACACUAAGUUAAGUGUUAGAUCACAAAGGAGAUGUGCUGUUGUCUCCAUGGAGCGUGUAUACUAUUUAAACACCAGCCAUGCCAUGUCAAAUGAAGCGGCAGCCCAUCAAUUAGGGGUGGCUUAGUGGUGUACAAGGAGAUUAGCGUUGGUUGGAUCCUAAAUGGCACCCUGUUACUUAUUUGGUGUAUUACUUUUGACCAGAGCACUGCCAUUUGGGACGCAAUCUAACGUGACCUUUGGCUGCUAAGAGCAAGGGGUCAUAGAUAAAAAUAGCUUAGGCUCGCUCACAUUUUGGCACAGAGAAAUUUGAGUCAGCUAUAGACGAUAUAGCAAACAUGGAACAUACAUUUACAUUUGAGUUAUUUAGCAGACACUUUUGUAUAGAGCGACUUACAGGAGCAAUUAGGGUUAAGUGCCUUGCUCAAGGGCACAUCAACAGAUGUUUCAUGUACUCAGCUCAGGGAUUCGAACCAGCGACCUUAACCGCUAGGCUACCUGCCGCCCAAGCAUGAUGUCCCUAUUUGAACUUGUAACCAUUCUGUCAGUCAGAUGGGGUGGUGUUUCUUCAUACAUACAUUUUUAAAAUAUAAAUAAAAGCAUGUGCUGCAGUCUUUAUAUAUCCCUGUUUGUUGUCCCUAGAUUAAUGGCAUUCUUUAAUUAAUAAUCACUUGACUUGACAUUUAUAGUUGACUUGGUGUGCAUUCCAUAUUGCAUCCCAAAUGGCACCCUAUUCCCUAAAUAGUGUACUACUUUUGACCAAGGCACUAUAAAACAAAUAGGGUGUCAUUUUGGACGCAGUUUUAAUGACACAUAUUUCAAAUCACUAUGUCAUCAAUUUGACAAGGGCACUGUGGUAGUUUAUUUGGGUGUCUCAUUGAUUGUCUUUAAAUUGAAAAUGAGUGCUAUGGUUCGUUAAUCGGUUCUUCCCCUUUUAAGAAUCAGAGUAAGAGAGAGAAUAUCGAAAGACGAGAGCGGCGCCCAAAGGGCCCCUGCAGAGCGGGGUCCAGCUCCAGAGCCCCCAGUGAAGAGACACCGUGAUCGUGCUCACACCACCACAGCUCACUACAUGCCCCAACGUGGCCACAGCUCUGACCCUACCACCUACCAAAGGACUGCCCCCUCCUCUCAGCCCUCCCAACCUGCCUACGCCCACAUCCCAUACCCCCACGUCUCAGCACCACACACCCACACAUCAGGCCCUGCCAUGGGCCACCAGGGUACCCAUCAGGGGAGCCACAAGGGGACCCCCAUGGAACCUCAGCCUUACCUAGCAAUGCCGGCCCCUGUGGCCACCAAGCUCCCUGGAGCCCCUGUGCUGGAGGUGGAGACCCCAAGGAGGAGGGUGAGCGCUGACCACAUCUACACGACCCACAGGGAGACCCACAGGGAGGGCAGGCAGGCGCUGAGAGAGGAGGUCCACACCGAGGGGCUGCUGAAGAGCCGGAAAGCCGUGCUGCCCUCAGAGAUCCGCCGCAGGGAGAAGAGCGUGGACGACCCCCAGAGAGGGGAGCCCCACCGGGGGCCAGUCAGCCGCCAGGACGACUCCACCACCUCAACCGCCAUGGAGUAUGAGAGCUAUGGGUCCGGGGGGAGGAGAACCAGUCGGGCGGACUCGGAGGAGUGGGAUACUAGGCCCAGGGACCAGCAGCAGCACUGUUCCAGCCACAGCCAGGACACAAAGGAGACAGGUCCAGCCAUGCCCAUGGAGACCUCCCACUCCCAGCCCAGCCAGCAGCAACAGGCUCCUGAGCCUCUCCACCAGCACCAGAAACUCCAGCAGCAUCCGCAGCCCCAGAGUCAGCAGGACCUCCAGGGUCAACACGGCCUGCAGGACCAGCAGCAGGGUGACUCGGCGGUCUACCUACAGAGGGGUGCCUCCCUCUCUCAGGCCAGACACAGGAGCAUGGAGCCAGCCGGGCCCCCCAAGCCCAAGGUCCGCACGCGCUCCAUGUCUGACAUCGGCGUUAGCCAGCGCUCGGCUGCCUAUAGGAGCAUGGAGAGGGCAGCUCCCAGCAGAGAGGCUACCAUGGCAGCCCACCUGGCCAGGGAGGGAGGGGUGGCAGUGGGGGUACUGGCCAAUGGGGAGGUGGGGGCCUUGGAUACCAGGGUCUCUGUGGCCCAGCUCCGACACUCAUAUCUGGAGAACGCCAACAGGAAGCCGGAGCUGUAGGUGGAACAGCAUGUUUACUGACUCUUUAAUCAGUUUGCUUUGCUUUGGUCAUUUGCCUAACACUAAUGUAGACUCUCAUCCUAAUAUGAGACUUGAGAUGUUUGAGCUUGUGUGUUUUUUGAGUGCAGUCUAUUGCAUAAUCAAACAUGAUAUCAAGAGAUCUUCCAAGCCUGUAUUGGGGGAUAACUUAUUAUUUGUUUAGCCAGCUGCUUGGACAUGUUCUGUUAUUAUUAGCCUGUUGGGCAAACUUGAGUGGUUUGUUGCUGCAUGUUGUAUGUGGGUUCAGACACAAUUGGGUUUGUGACAGAAUCCCUAAUUUUGGAGACAGUUAAUUUUUGCGGUGUGAUCGUCUUGUGCGUGACUUCACCACCUCUAACCUGGAUGUCUGGAUUGCUGUGGAAGAAAACUGACCUUGCCGUUCGUUCUCUCACUAUUAUCCCCCUUUUCUGUUGCCGUCAUCGCUCUCUCCAUCCCAACACACGACCUUACAAAGGGAGCCAACUAAAGUAGAGCUUACUGCAAUGGAAGUAGAUCCGGCUGCUGGGACCGCUGACCGGGAGCGUGGCACAGCACGGAGGCCACGGCGCUACAUCACCCCUGGAGACAUCCGCAAGUCCUCUGAGAGAUUUAGGACGCAACCCAUAACCUCUGCAGAGCGUCUGGAGUCUGAUAGGUGAGAGGUUUAGGACUCAGCCCAUAACCUCUGCAUAGCGGCUGGAGUCUGAUAGGUAUUGAAGGCCCUGAGGGACAAGUCUCUCUGAAAAGGUAAACAGAAUACAUUUGCUAAGAUCACCAGUGAGUGUACUGUGGACAGUGGCUUUUCUUUUUUCUCCUGGAGUUUGUGGGAUACAUGGUGCAGACCAUGGGGAUUUUAUGCUGUCUCAAUACUUAAUAAUUUUGUCUGUUGUGCCGUAUAACAAAAUACCAUUCUUGAGUCUAUUUUGAUCAAUGUCUUGUUUGUUUUCUCCCUCAGGUCUCGUCUGAGUCCAACCGAGCUACAGAACCCAGAAGGCAAGUAUCAGUGGAGAUUAUUUAGUUUAUUUAGUUACCAACACCACUCUUAAUUAAAUAACUAUUAAUUAGCCAGAAUGCUCACCAUCUGACGGCAUCAAACCAUUUCAUUAAUUCCAUUCCAGCCAUUACCAUGAGCCAUCUCCCGUCACUAUCCUCCACUGCACCUGCACUCCUCAGUGGGUACACCUUAGUAUUGUGGAUGUGUUGUGGACUGACAAUGGUUUACCCUUCCCUUUUGCAGCUGACGAAGAGAAGCUUGAUGAGAGAGCUAAGAUGAGUGUGGCUGCUAAGAGGUCACUCUUUAGGGUACAGUAUCUGCCUUGUGUGUAUUUGUUUACAUUUAGGGCCGGUUUCCAGGACACAGAUUAAGCCUAGUCCUGAACUAAAAGUAUGUUUCAAUGGACAUUCUCCAUUGAGCAUACUUUUCAGUCCAGGACUAAGCUUAAUCUGUGUUGGGGAAACUGGCGCAUAUAGUAUAUUCCCAUGGUUUGAUGCAUGUUGUUGAUGAGCAGAGAUUUACUAUAAGUAUGUUUCUCUUCGUUCCCCUCCACAGGAGCUAGAGAGGACAACAGAUAGCGUCCCCAAACCGCGGUCCCGUAACCCUGCCGUAGAGAGGCGCCUGAGACGAGUCCAGGACCGUGCGCGCACACAGCCUAUCACCAAUGAGGAAGUGGACAUCGCUCACACGUAUGUCUGUCACUCUCCGAUCAUUACUAAGCGCUGCCUUGGCGUCAUUUUGUUCACAACGGAAGGGUCAAAAAAGUACAACAUUUGGUCAAUAUAAAGCUAUUCAUUCCAAUCUCUCUUCUUGUGAUGUUCUUGUUUGACUCUCUUCCCCUGUCUACUGCUUUGUUUCUCUGAUUCUAUUGUCUGCUGCUUUGUGACUCCUCUCUCUCUCUCUCUCUCUCUCUCUCUCUCUCUCUCUCUCUCUCUCUCUCUCUCUCUCUCUCUCUCUCUCUCUCUCUGUGACUCCUUUCCCUAUGUGACUCCCUUGUCUGUCCCUGUCUAUGUGGGACACUUUUCUGGACAUAUAAAGUGUCCCUGCUAUGUCCUCACAAUUGGUGACGGUCCACACCACAGUAGCACGCAUCCCCAGCCCCACUGUAGUCAACACCACCAUGACCAGUUACAGGUACAGGAACAGGUGUGUGUGUAUAUUGGCUUGUGUGGCAAUGCAUGGAUAUUAAGUUAUUAUUGAUUAAUUAAUAGUUUUGCACAAUUGCAGUACAUUUCUGAAAUCCUAGUUAGAUGAUUCCGGAUGUCCUUCUUAUUCCCUCUGAUUCAAGGAAUCUUGAAUCUUCUGGAAAACCUGGGAAUUUUGGGAAAGUUACCAUCAUUUUGCAACUGUAUUAAUUCAUUUGUAGUCGUUGUCUAAAGCUACAGGUGGAAUUAGGCAGGCAGACAUCUGCUGUACAGUGCCCUCUGCUGGUUAUAGUGUUCAUAGUGCUCACUCACGCCUGCUAGUUUCCCCGGAAUAGCUGUGUGAAGUUGAACCUUAUAGGGGGAAGAAACUUGUUUUAACACAAUAGAUUCUUUAGUACCUUUCAACUCCACAAGUAUUAGGGGAGAAUGGGGUAAGUUGAGCCAUAUUUUACAUUCAGCAUCACUACAUCCAGGGAAAUAUAGUAUUCUUUCUAACAAACAACUCUACAUAUAUUUCAGGAUUUUGUGUAUCCCUGGAAAUAAUCAGAAUUAAUGUAAACAUAUAUAUAUUAUAUAUAUAUAUAUUUUUUAAAUAAGUGAUCUCUUGCCACAACUUAUGGAGUAAACUGAGCAUAGGGACAGGGUAAGUUGAGCCGCCUUGGGGUAAGUGGGUGAUGGUGCUGGUAGGUCAAAGUUUUCAUGGAAUGGGGGUUUGGUGUAUUGUAUAUCUUAAAUAAUAUGUAUGCCUAUAUUCAGAUAUAGAUUUCUCUGUUCAAUAUCGCUUACACUUCCAGUUGAAUGGGACAUGGAUGCUGUUUCGAUGUGACAAUUUGUAGGCAAAUUCUCUGCAUUUGAGGCUACUAAGCUCCUACAACUGGUCGGCAAGAUUCUUGAUAUGUUUAGCAAGCUCAGACUCCAUGUCAUCUUUCGCAUAUGUACAUGUUUGUUUUCUUUUUUGUCAUUGUAACUCUUCAGUGUCAUUCAGUCUAUUUUUCCAUCCAUAACUUCCUUGGCUGUUAUGGAUGACACUUCUCAGUAGUUGGUAUUCAGACUUACCGAAUGCAGGUGCGUAAUGGGUUUUGCAGGAAUGGCUCCCUUGCGCACACUAAAUAAAUUAAAUUAAACUGCUGAAAACCCUCCCACUUGCUAGCUAACAGAUUUUCUCGUGGAGUUGUCAUUCAAUAGGGUUUUCAGUACAUUUAUCGAAAGCCAUCCCUUUAAAUAUGGUGUACCUUUAAUGUCAAAAAAAUCUCGACAGACUCACUAGAAUAUAAUGUUUAUCGAGAGACAGGUUCAGAAUAGGGAUCAAUUAAAGAAAGCCAUAUAAAUACCCGCAUCUUCGCCUCCUUUUCAGCACCAAUUGGUAGAUAAAAAAAAUAAUUGUUUAGGGUUAGGGAAGUAUUUAUGAAUCAUACAUAAACAGGGUUGGAGAGCCUUUACACACAAAAUGUAUUAGCCAAUCAAAAAGACAGUGGUUUCAUUCAUCCUGAAAGGUCCAGUUGUCGUGAACCAUGCUCCAGGCUCCAGGUUUAAACUGCUAUGUAUGGUCUGCGUUUCAUAAUGAUUCAAAUAAACUACAUGUCCCAGAUUAUUGCACAACUUGUAAUACUUUAUCCUAAUAUGAUCCACUAUUUCUAGUGACCAUCAGGAACAACCACACAGACGUGACAGUGGAAAGAAAGGUAAACUAACGAUGUAAUGGAAUGAUGCAAAUUGUAGGCUACAAAUGGAAGGAAACUAACAGUCACUGCACCAAAGUGACAGUUAUUACGUAUGCGGGUAUUACUGACGGUGGCUACCAAUAGUGGCUAAUAUUUAAUAUGAGAGAAAUUGUUAAAAAUAACUUUAACCUCUUAAGGCCCAAGCUGUUUUUUUACAUGCAUUUUUUAUUUCUCUUUGCUAUUUGGGCUUAUUGGAACCUAAUUAGAAUAAAAACGAAGUAUCAUCUUUUGAUAUGAUGUACUUUUAGAGAAAAAUUAUGUCCACAUAUGUGGAUUCAUGGUCCGAAUUGCAUUAGGCUAACAUUUUCAACACAACUAAUUUAAGUAUGUAUGUAUGUAUUUAGUGAUUUAAUUGUUAUUUAUUUCAUUGGGACCAUGUACAGCUUUUUAGCUGCAUCAGAGCUAGCUUUUUUCCCAUUUUACGUGUGUGCAUGUUUACAAGCAUAUUAGCUGUUUCGAGGAGCCUCAGUCCAUAAGUACACUUACGUGUACUUCAUGUUUAGCGACCUACAAAGUUGCUAGUUUUACACUUUUUUUUUCAAAUUUGCAUGUCAUGACAAAUAUACAAGGCUUUUAUAAAUAUCUAAAUCAGAAUAAGCCAUGAAAUAUGACAGAACUUCUACACAAUUGUGGACAUAAGAGCUAAAAAGUGCUGUCCACGUAUGUGACCACUAAGCCCUAGGAGGUAAAGUCCGGGCAGACUUGAAAAGAGGCAAAAAUACCUGUCAAGUUGACAUGCUUUUCCGUUUGCUGAAAUAUGACUGGUUUCACAUUUGCCUCCAGCGAUCAUAAGGUAAAAUAGUCCUAAAACAAUUGUCAUUUAUAUUUACAAUCCACUUAUCCAAACGGAUUAGUCAUUUACCUAGGUCUUAUCAAUAGCUCUUAUCAAUUUAUAAAUGACAAUGCAAGGAGAUUAUUCUAUCGGAAAAAAGAAAGUCGAUGUUUUUCCACUUGGAUCUGACCUGUUGCUUGACUUUAUUCAUUGUUUCCUCAGUUGUGGUAGAAUUAUGAGGGAAUUAAGUAAAGGACAAAAUAUGGCAUAUCUGUAGACACACCUCCAUUUCUGUGAUCUCCAUCCCAAACGAAUUUUGGCUGACAGAUGCAUUUGCCCAUAUUUAAGUUCAAGGUCAGAAUACAUGUAGAGAGAAGGGUGCAUAAAAAGGGAAUUAAGUUUAAUUUACGCACACGUAACUCGGAUCUGAAUUCCCCCCAUUAUGCAUAAAACUGACAAAAUGUAAUCAUCAUUUGUAUGGAGUAUGGUGGCCAUUGGCUCAUCUUACCCCAUGGCAUUUGGCUCAAUUUACCCUAAGGCAAACAUUUUGACUGUAUUAGCCCACACAGUUACUAUUAUGCACUUUCAUGCUAGGUUUAGGACCUUAUAUUGUAGUUUAUAGAGACCCCAAAUCUUACAACUAUCUACUUUGGUUUCAAGCAUUAUGAAACCUAUAACACAAAUAAUUCAUUUGACUUUAUGAAAUUACGUUUUUUGGACAAAAAUAAAAACGUUUUCCGUGUGGUUUCUUCCUUCACAGACUCCAUGAAAUGAGGUUGUCACUAGUUAACAUGGUCACAAAGUCAUAAACCCUGCCUGUUUCUACAAUUUGUCCUCUUAAAAUCUGAUUUGAAACCUAACCCUAACCUUAAGUAUAACCUUAACCACAUUGCUAACCUUAUGCAUAACGCUAACUUUAAAUUAAGACCAAAAAGCACAUUAUUGUUUUCAUGACUUUUAAAUCUAACUAUAGCCAAUUUUGACUUUGUGUUUGGGUUAUCUAGUGGAAACCAUGAAAUGAUGACCUCUUCCUAAAUAUUUGGUCACAUGAUUCAUUUUGUGUAUGGUUUCCUAGAAUGAAAGGGUGGCUCAACUAACCCACUCUCCCCUACUGCUUUCAGUAUUGUUUGUACUCUUUAAGGGAUAGUUCACCUAAAUUACAAAAUGGCAUAUUAGGAUUCCUUGUAAACAGUCCGUGGAACAAGAUAACACAGCAAUCUCCAGAUGUAAUAUUGUAAUGCGGGUGAACUAUCCCUUUAUGUUCCUAUGUUGAAAUGUGUCACACAUCUUCUAACGCUGUGACUGAGGGAGAAAAGGUCAAAGGUAAAGCCAGUUAAAGCUUCAGGUUCACGUGUGGGGCGAGCGUGUAGCACCCAGUUUGUUUUCCAACUGAGGUUAAACUUAACAUGCUGACAGAACCAACCAUCCAUAUUCUCUACUACAGAUGGCUGACAGCAUGAGCAGCAUGAUUAUCUCAGUGCAGGCUACACACAUCUACUUAGAACUCCUGUUGCCACCCCAUGUCUGCAUCCUGAUUCUCCACAAGUAUGCACUUGCCAAUGAUUACUACCCUUUUCCACCAUCGUAAGUGCUGCACGCUCAACCAAUCCUUUUAAAUCCAUGACAGGGAGUGUACAAUUGCACUCUUUGAGAGAAGGGUAGAGAAGCGGGAUGCAGCGUUUCGCUAUCAUGUUCUGAUCAGGAAUUGUAAUGAUUUACCUUGAUGCUAUUCACAGGAUACUGUACAUGCUUUAUGAAGAUGAAUAGUUAGUUUGAUCAUAAGCAUCACCGGGGCUUAAGCAUUAUUGUGUUCAUGUGGUUGAGUUCAAUGCAAACUUCAGAUUUUUCUGACUAUUAACAUUGUAGUUUUGCUACUUAACAGAAUGUGUUUUGAUUACCUAACUGAUCAUCUAGCAUGUUGACAUGUUCUUGCUAGAUAUUGUCCUUAAAUUGUACAGUAUGGUACAUUAUAAUACAGUGUUACAUAUGGCCCUACAGCUGUUAACCCAUAGAAGCACAAUCUGCACUCAUCCCCUGUGUGUGUGUGUGUGUGUUUAUGUGUGCUUCCUACUCCCAGCCUGCAGGAGGCAUCGCAGCAUGGCUCUAUGGUGCGGAGUAUGGGGGAGCAGGACAAGAAGAAAGAAAGGGAGAGGGAGGCCCAGCCUGAGGAGAAAAUGGAGGGCCUGGGUCCAGAUGAGCCUGACCUCUCCACUCUCAGGUACAGACAGAGAAUGUGCUCAACUCUUAUCCUCUUAUGUAAACAAAUGAAAGGGUGUUUGGAAGCAAAAAUGUAUCACAUCGAAAAAGUUGCAAUUGGAGCUUGUUUUUUUUUCUUCUCUUUGAACUCAUGGCAACAUGUCUUAAAUUUUACAACUUGAUUUUAGAUAGGUCCACACCCUGAAAUAAGUCUAUGGGCCAGGAAAAACUGUAAUCCAUGUUUCUUUAAACAACCACUAAAAACUUCAGCUAACUUUACCCACCACUAGCUAACAUUCAAUGGAAGUGAUGGGGAUAUAGACCCUAGUGACAGACCACACACUGACAUACAGUACAUUACCUCUCCCCUCACAGCCUUGCAGAGAAGAUGGCCCUGUUCAACCAGCUGUCCCAGCAGCCCUCCAAGCCUGCUGCAGAGGGGGCCGGGGCCUCUAGGGGUGACACCCGCCAGCGCAGGGCCAACACCCGCUUCCAGACCCAGCCUAUUACCCAGGGAGAGGUGGAUCAGGUAUAGAGUCCUGCCCCUCUCUCAACCCAGAUAGACAAUGGACAUGUGCACAUGCACACUCCCUGUCAUGGAUUUUAAAGCAUAGGAUUGAUGUAAGCAGUGGCUGGAGGGAGGCUCCACCCAUUGUUCAAUCCAUGCGAGAUAGUGUACAAGUGCACACCUCGGGAGAACGGUGCAGAAUCAGGACCAAAAAAUGAGGGGCUUCCUCUCUCUUGCUCUUCAAAAAUGUAGCCUCUAGGUGUCAAGCCUUACAAUGAGGGCCAGUUUCCCUGACCCAAAUUAAGCCUAGUCCUGGACUAAAACCCCACCAAUGGAGAUUCUCCAUAUUUUUGGAAACUGUUCCUGAGAGUAUGUUGUUAUACACAAACGAGUUUAUCUUUGCCCUGAUACAACUACAGGUUGAUCAUUCUGUACAAACACUGAAGAACUUACACAAUCACACAAUUAGUAAGUGAUCCAAGCAGCAUAAUAUUGAACUGAAACAUUAACGUGAACUAGUAUAUAACAACCCUGUAAGUGAAGUAAUGCUGUGUCCAUACAGGAGAUAGAUCCUAUGGUUACCUCUCUUCCUCCUCCUCCGUUGACUAACAGAGAACAAGUAAGAGCCUGCCUAGCAACCUGCCUAAACAUUGCUGCUGACUGGUAGUGUUCUACUCAUAGCAUUCUAAAGGCUCGUAGCGUUCUAAAAGCUUGUAUGCGUUCAUAUGGCGAGCCAUGAUAUCCAUUAACAAUACGGCUUGGUGUUAUGACAAUGUUAAUAUAGAUGUUGAAAUGCUCAGCCCUCAUAGAGUACAUGAUUUUCAUUCAUGCAUUCACUUUGGAAAUAUGACACAACCCCAAAGUGUGUCAUUCAUAUAGGAAUGAAGAACUACCGUAUAUCAUGACAGGGAUGUAGCUCAGUUGGUAGAGCAUGGCGUUUGCAACGCCAGGGUUGUGGGUUCGAUUCCCACGGUGGGCCAGUAUUAAAAAUAAUAAUGUAUGCACUAACUGUAAGUCGCUCUGGAUAAGAGUGUCUGCUAAAAUGUAAAUGUAAAAUUACAUUAUACUGCUACAUUGUGCUUGCUUACAGAAAACUUUGGCAUGAAAGCACAGUAGUGUUUAGUGAAUACAACGAUAUUCUGCCUCAAGAUGCUUUAAUAUCAUAUUAGCAAGAGAGUUCUGCUCUUCUAAAAUGCUUAUCCAAUGGCUGAAUAAGUAUGCAUUUAGACAUUAGUAAUAAUAUUUAUAGGAAUGUAUUAGACUCAGAUGCAUGCAAGAUUGGUUCUUGUGCAAAGGCUGUCUUGUCUUGAGUGUACUGUAAAUUGAAUAAAUACAAAUUUGGCUGGAAUAUUAUAGGUUUAAUUAUUAAUGUUGAUUAAGUCAAAGAUUGUAGGGAAGUUGUGUUGUGCACAGGUUAAUGCAUACUGCUUGGUUCUAAAGUUGCACUGAAGGUGAAGGUAAUUAACAAUGGUAAAGGGUAAGUGCUCACUUUCAGGUGAACAUCACAGAAGAGAAUCACUCCUAAAAAGCAGGAUGAAUUAUAAUGCAUAACAUUUUAACGCUAUGAUUAUGCAUUGCUAAAGAAAAUGACCUCUUACAAUACUUUCCAUUGAGAAGAAUAUAUGCUUCAUUGGUCAUUUAUUAUGAAUGGGGUAAAUGGGAUAUGGUCAGAGGCAAUGACUUGUGAAUUGUGAUAUUAUUUGUGUUUUUUUCUGAAUUACCUCAUGGCCCAGGCCUGCCUUGUCUAAAGCAUGUUUUGUUUAGAAUUGGCGAUGGUCCAUGUUUGUUUUUUUAUGACCAAAUGUGAAGAGCUGCUCUACACGGAUUCAUUUCUAUCUGCAUCUGUUCUGACUGCAUGUUGUCCUUUCCCCCCUCCCUUUAUUCCUCCAUCCCUCUAUCCCUCCAUCUCCCCCUCCAUUCAUUCAUCCCUCCCUCCUUCCAUUCGGUCAUUCCUCCCUCCAUCCCUCCUCUCGCUUCCUGCAGCUGCAGAAUGGAGGAGGAGGGGUCAAGCUGGAGCCGCUGUCUGCCUCUUUGGUCCGCUCCGUGGCAGCUGUCACCUCCCAGGUCUCAGUCGCCGAGGUAACCACGGCGACUUCCAGCGACAGCAACAUCCACCUUGGGAAAUCUAUGGCCGUCCCCUACAACCCACUACCACCACCCAGGAGAGGGGAGGGGUGAGGUGUGUGUGUGUUUCCUCAUAUUAUGACAUUUGAAAAUGGUGUCAAAUAAAAUACAUGAAACCAUGUAUUGUUGCUUAAUUGAAGUUUGUCUGUCUGUCUGUCUGUCUGUCUGUCUGUCUGUCUGUCUGUCUGUCUGUCUGUCUGUCUGUCUGUCUGUCUGUCUGUCUGUCUGUCUGUCUGUCUGUCUUCUGUCUGUGUCUCUCUCUCUCCUCUCUCUCUCUCCUCCUCUCUCUCUCUCUCUCUCUCUCUCUCUCUCUCUCUCUCUCUCUCUCUCUCUCUCUCUCUCUCUCUCCCCCCCUCCCCCCUCUCUCUCAGGUACUUCAGCCUGACCAAGGGCGGAGACUCCUCCAGUUUCCCUGAACCAGAUCUGUACUCCCCAGGCCCUCCCCUUUCAGAGCAGCAACAGCAGCAGCAGGCUCACAGCAGAAGUGCCAGAGAGAGAGGAGGAGACAGAGGCGGAGCUCCUGGAGCCGGUCGCUCCUUCACUGGCAACAGAGAGAGAGAGGAGGAGGAGGAUGUGUGGGGAGGAGGGGCCAGCAGAGAGGAGAGGGAGAGCCAUGGUAGUAGUGGUGCUGGAGGCAGCAGCAGUAAGGGAAGACUCCACUCCCCCGACAGGGACAGCAGACAGCAGAGCUAUCAGCCCCCAGCCCCAGAGCCCCAGCCAUGGCACGCCAACAGUAGCCAGCAGGAGUCCAUCGACCCUCCCUCUUUGAGGCACGGGAGGGGUGAGUUGCUGGUGGAGCCCAGCCAGCACAGAGACAGAGAGAGAGACAGAGAGAAAUACGGCAGUAGCAUCAACAUCUCCCUGGAGAGGAAAGAGGACGGGAGCUACCUGGGAGAGACACACAGCUCAGAGAGACACACAGAGCUGCAACACACAGCAGACAGAGAGAGCACACGGAGCAGCAGGAGCAGGGAACUCCUCUCAGGUAGGAAACACAGACCAUUGUAUGCCUCCCAAAUGGCACCCUAUUCCCUACGUAGUACACCACUUUUGACCAGGGCUGAACAAACAUGCAUGUAGAUUAGAGGAAUAUUUAUAUGCAUUCAUUAUACGGACGGUAGAUGCACUCAAGAGGGUUUUUCUAUUCCAUGCACUAUAAAAAGGGCAUAUGGUGUCAUUUGGGAUGCACACAAGAGAUAGCGAGGACAAGGGAAAUAUCUUAUUGUCUCAUGGAUCAUGCAGCAUGUUAAUUGCAUGCCUCUUUCCAUUGGCUACACACUGCCUUCAUCGGCGGUUUGAUUUGUCUUAACGCCUAAUGCUUCUGUGUUCAUCACAUCACAGACACUAUCUGACAGACAGGAAGACUAGAGACACGGCUUCAGCUGAAUCUAAUUAGCAUAUUUGUACAUACAUUUGCCCCCGUGGCUCCCUUUGUCUGCAAAUGUAGGACCACUCUUACUGACAGGUUGUUUGUAAUUGUGAUUCCAAAUGGAAAUCAAGUAUGAUUGUGGAUAUGUUUUUGUGGAUGACAUGGAUGGAUGUCAGUGUUGUAGGCUGUGGUUUACGCAUUGGUGUUGUGCUCUGUAGGGUAGACAGACAGUGUAAACAGGCUGACCCAUCCGUCUGUGUGUCUGGAUGACUGUCAGCAUACAUCGUGUCCAGAGGAUGUGGGGUCGUCUUUUUUCAAUGCCAAUGCAAUGAGGGAGAUGGGAAUUUGUGGAUGACAGGGGAGGAAUGAAGAUGAAGGCUGUGAAGUUUCCUUGAGAGUUUCCUCUUAGAAAGACAGGAGACAGGCUAGAGAGCCAGCGUCAGUGAAGCGAGAGCAGACAAUGGGAGCCUCGUUGUUCCGAUGGAGGCGAGUCUGUCUUAAUUUCAGAUCCGAGAGGAGGAGAGGACUGAGAGAGAGAGAGAAAGGAGAGCAAAGAGUGAGAUUGAGAGAAGAGAGGGGGGUGAGGGCAAGAGACGUAGGAGAGAGGAGCAUGGGGAGCUGAAGUGCUGAGUAGCAUGUAAGAUGAGAGAGAGGGAGAGAGAGAAGUGAGAGAGAGGAGAGAGAGAGAGAGGAGAGAUUGGGGGGGGGUGGGGAGAGUGGCAGAGAGAGAGCUAUGAUAGACUGAUGACGAUAGUCUAUGAGAGUGAGUGAAGAGUCUGAGAUUAUUUUGGAAUCCUAUCUGAGUGAGAUUGUAGAGAGAGAGAGAGAGAGAGAGAGAGAGAGAGAGGAGAGAGAGAUCCUCUAUGCAGACAGAACACUGGACACCGGCUGAGCAUUAGAGAUCAUGUGAACUGAACACUGAUCAUGGCAGUCGUGAAGGGUGUAUGCAAUGCAUACGUGUGUGUGUGUGUGUGCAUACGCGGUGUGCAUGUGUGCUAUGGGGGGCUGCUAUUGGGGUCUGCUUCUCCCCGUGUGUGAGUAUUGAUUACACUGUGGAUUUAUUACAAUGCAUUUUCUGUGUGUGUGUGUGCAUGUGUGCGUGUGCGUGUAUGUUGCUGUCUAUAUGUCUACAGACACCGAGCACACCAGUGUGUCAUUGAGAACUGUGACAACAGCGGCAGCGUCUAGGAGUGUCUCUCACACCUCCAGUACACAACAGCAACAGCAGCAGAUCCAGUCUUUGAACCAGCCUCCCCAGACACUGCCCAAGCUCUACACCCAGUCUACCCCACAAACCCAGCCCCAGGAAAACUCCCAACCUCCCCAGCCCCAGCACUUCACCCAGGCACCUCCAGCCCAAUCCCAGCCCAAGCACCAGGAAAGGGAGAGGAGCUUCACCCAGCCACUACCCAAGCCUUACUCUCAGCUAACCCCUCAGACUCAACCCAAACCCCAGUCCUUAUCCCAGCCUCCUCCUCCCCAGACCGCCCCCCAGACCCUGCCCAAGCCCACGUCCUUCCCUCAGCCGCUGGUCAAGUCUCAGUCCCUACCUCUGGACUACAGUGACGACUUCACAGGACACGGUGUCUCCGACCUCCUCUCCCCCACUGAAACAGAACUCUCAGAGAUGUCCGCCAAACAGAUGUCCAUCAAAGAAAGGUUAGUCUGUGCUGGGUGAUUGGGUAACAAUGGCAAUGGGAGGAUGUUGUACUGUACAUACACUACCGGUCAACAGUUUUAGAACAUCUACUCAUUCAAGGGUUUAUCUUUAUUUUUUACUAUUUUCUACAUUGUAGAAUAAUAGUGAAGACAUCAAAACUAUGAAAUAACACAUAUGGAAUCAUGACAGCUUUGCACGCUCUUGGCAUUCUCUCAACCAGCUUCAUGAGGUAGUCACCUGGAAUGCAUUUCAAUUAACAGGUGUGCCUUCUUAAAAGUUAAUUUGUGGAAUUUCUUUCCUUCUUGAGCCAAUCAGUUGUGUUGUGACAAGGUAGGGGUGUAUACAGAAGAUAGCCCUAUUUGGUAAAAGACCAAGUCCAUAUUGUGGCAAGAACAGCUCAAAUAAGCAAAGAGAAAUGACAGUCCAUCAUUACUUUAAGACAUGAAGGUCAGUCAAUCCGGAACAUUUCAAGAACUUUGAACGUUUCUUCAAGUGCAGUCUCAAAAACCAUCAAGCGCUAUGAUGAAACUGGCUCUCAUGAGGACCGCCACAGGAAUGGAAGACCCAGAGUUACCUCAAAUGCAGAGUAUAAGUUCAUUAGAGUUACCAGCCUCAGAAAUUGAAGCCCAAAUAAAUGCUUCACAGAGUUGAAGUAACAGACACAUCUCAACAUCAACUGUUCAGAGGAGACUGUGUGAAUCAGGUCUUCAUGGUCGAAUUGCUGCGAAGAAACCACUACUGACACCAAUAAUAAGAAGAGACUUGCUUGGGCCAAGAAACACGAGCAAUGGACAUUAGACCGGUAGAAAUGUGUCCUUUGGUCUGGAAUCCAAAUUGGAGAUUUUUGGUUCCAACCGCUGUGUCUUUGUGAGACAUGAUUCCAUAUGUGUUAUUUCAUAGUUUUGAUGUCUUCACUAUUAUUCUACAAUGUAGAAAAUAGUAAAAAUAAAGAAAAACCCUUGAAUGAGUAGGUGUUCUAAAACUUUUGACCGGUAGAGUAGGUUUACAGAAAUCCUGGUUGUAGGAUUGCGAAUAUCCUGCUUAUUCCCUUCUGAUGCCGGAAAUCUUCCAACCAUAAUUUUAGAAUUUUGGGAAAGUUACAGGAAUUUUGCAACCUGAGUAGUAAUUGUCUGAAUGGGUUCUCUGUUGUGCAAGAUGUAGGCAUCAUUCAGGUGACAUAGCGGCUUGCCAAAGAUUUCACCUUGAUUCACGUUGUUGUCUCUGUAAAAAACGUGAUGAAUAUGAGACCAAAUGAGGCCAAAUGGUACCCUUUUCUCUAGAUAGUGCACUACUUUCAUAAGGCUCUGGUGAAAAGUAGGACACUAUGUAGGGAAUAGGGUGCCAUUUGGGGCACACACAGAAUCCCCCUGUGUCCUUGUUUCUGCCUCUCUUUGAGGUGAAAGUGAUUUAUUCCUGGCCACUGUGCAUUUUCCCUAUUUGUUCCUGGAGAGAGGAGAGACAGGAGAAGGAGAGCAGGCUGCAGUCUGUAGACAUCUUUAGUAUUUGUCCCAAAUGGCAGCAUAUCCCCUUUAUAGUGCACUACUUUUGACCUGACUGCAUCCCAAAUCCCACUCUACCCCCUGACUCCAUCCAAUUGGCGAAAGAUUUUCAUGCGAAUAUUCUAAAAUCCGCAUAAAGAAAAUAUGUGCAUUUUCCCACCAGUGGUGUGUUUCCACCAAACGGACUUGUUUCAGAUAAAAGUCAAUGCAUGAAGAUGUAGUGCAUGCAAAAUGUACUUUUUAGCUUAAGUUUACAUGUACCGAUGUGUUUAUGUGUCCUGUCUCUGUCAGGCUGGCCCUGCUGAAGAAGAGUGGUGAGGAGGUUAACCUCUCUUUCUCUCUCUCUCUUUCUUUCAUUCCCUCUCUCCCUCUCUCUCCCAGGCUGGCCCUGUUGAAGAAGAGUGGUGAAGAGGACUGGAGGAACAGGAUCAAUAAGAAGCAGGAGGUGGUAAAAGUGGCUGUGACUGAGAGACACUCCACAGUACAAGGACAGGGAUGGGAGGCAGAGCAGACCUACAAGAAGAAGGUGAGACUACACACAGCUGGACCUCCAAAUUGAAUCUUGAAAGAGAAGCCCCAUUGUGGGCUCAAAAAGAUACAAACAAACAAACACACUAUGUGGAGAUUCACUGCACUAUAACUACAACAGUACAACAAUACAACAAGCAGCAUCACCACACCUCACAAAAUGACUAUUGAGAUCAUAUGAUAAUGCAUGAAACAUGUUUCAACAACCUAGACUUUGUCAUGCUGUACCAUCAUUACUCAACCCAUUACCCAUACAGUACUAAAUGAUUACAGUAAGGUGGAUUUAGAUGCAUUUGCAUUCACAAAAACCGUUUUUGUGUUCAUUGUUUUUGUUAUACUAAGUUAAAGAUGCACUCUCAAACUUUUUGUUAAUUUCAGCCAGUAGUUUUGAAAGUGAUGCUCACCUUCCAAAAGUGGUCCCUGUUUUUUGUGUACUACGUCAUCCAAUUGUGCACUACGUCAUCAAUUUUGUGAUAUGCUAGAAGUUUGUUGUGCUUACGAUCCCAGAGCGCAUCUUUAAGUAGUCUCAUUAUGGCACUCUUCCUGGUUGCCAUUUUAAAGGGGCCUCUCAUGUGAGGGUGCCUUUCAUUUCCCCCUUGCCAUUCAUCAGCCCCAUCUGCUCCAGUGUGAGAUCAGCUCAGCUCAGUGGGCUGAUGCCCCCUUGUGUCCCAAAUGCCCCCCUGUUCCCUAUAGUGCCCUUCUUUUGACCAUAGUUUGACCAUUACCCUAUGGGCCCUGAUCAAAAGAAGUGCACUAUACAGGGAAUAAGGUGCCAUUUGGGACCAGUGCCUGGGGCAACACAGCCCUGCAUGGAACAUAUGGGCCAGUCUCCCUGUGGAAUUAGCAAUCUGGGGCCUUUGGAGAAAUCCCUUUUCUACUUUACACUGGGACAAGAUCAAGUCAAAAUUGCACACUCUGAUUGAAGAUGGAGUUUCACUUAAACUAGUGCUAAUGCCACCAAGAUCUCAUUUGACAAUAUGGUUACAGAAUGGCAUGUGAUUAUAUGUAUAGUUUAAUGUACUUUUUACUGUACAGUAUUACAUUGAAUUAAUGAAUUAGUCUACGUUAUGCUACUUCACAAAAAUUCUGGUUUAACUGAGCAUAUUCAGUUCAGAUUAUAUCUAAAACAGAGACACUGACUUCUUGGAAUAAUUUAAUCGCCCCUCCUUUCUGUUAAUGAUGCACCCCAUUGUGCUGUAAUCUGGGUCAAAUCCUGUCUGUUUGUGUACUUAAUACUUCAUGUUAAAUCCUCCCGUUGAUCACACUUCUUCUAAGCCUCAUGUUACAGUAGCAACAGUAAUGGGUUGGGGCUAGGGUUGGAAUUACUGGCCAGUUGGACUAGUAGACUACAAUUUCUACUAGCCCAGGUGACGUUCUACUAGCCAAGGUUCCAAAAUAUAUGCCACGCGAUAUUUGAUAGGUCAACAUUUCUGGCGUGUUUGGCACAUUUUCUACUAGCCUAGCACUAGCCUUCUCCGUUUGAACAUGCUAUGUGUUUCCCCUGUGUUGUGUUUCCCCUGUCUUCAGGAGGAAGGGAUGGUUAUUGAUGAGUUCGCUGCUGUCACUGUAUCUGACCAGCUGUGGGUAAGGCCUGACGACGGUGCUGUGCCCCAGUGCCAACGGUGGUCCACUGAGCUCUGUGUGUGACCUGCUGCUUCUUUCAGUCUCUUCUGUUCUGUUCUGUUGUUCACUGCUGUUCAGUGUUGCAGUGGUCUGAUGAGGGUUGCAAAAUAUCGGUAACUUUCCCCAAAUUCCCAGGUUUUCCAUAAAUCCCGGCUGAAGAAUUCCCAGAUUUUCCUACUUAUUCCCUCCUUGUAAAACCUGGGAAUUUUGGGCAAAUUACCAGAAAUGUGCUACCCUAGUUGUUCACUGCUCUUCAGUGUUGCUGUGGUCUGAUGCUAUCCUCCCUCUUGUGGUUUGUGGCUGUGUUAUGGGAUGCUGGUAAUGGACUUAGCUUUAGAAUGAACUCCUUGCACUUUUGCUUGAUUUGAAGUCAAUAUAGCUACGCUAUAGUGUUCAGAGAUAAGAUGCUAUGCGUUUGUUGCUACGAUGCUGCCAGUCACUGCUUGUUUUUCUCCUCAAAAUGUUUGCUUUUUGAACUGCACUCUGCAUAGUAGUGAUGGAGAAAGACUUGAUUCAACAAAAUAAAUGAAUAUUUAUUACAUAAGUCAGUAGUGACAGAACAAAAUGGCCUCUCUCUCUUCAUGACUGUAUCACAGAUUGUCACUGAGACAUUCGUCACUGGCUUGUCUAGACCAGGGUUUCACAAAUUCGGUUCUGGGAUCCCCCCUGGGUGCAUGUUUAGUUUUUUGCCCUAGCACUACACAGCUGAUUCAAAUAAUCAAAGCUUGAUGAUGAGUUGAUUAUUUGAAUCAGCUGCGUAGUGCUAGGGCAAAAACCAAAACGUGCACCCAGGCAGUGUCCCCAGGACCGAGUUUGGGAAACCCUGGUCUAGAUCCCUGUAUCAUGUGCUGUGUGAUGGGUAUUGGGUACAGCAGCUGCAAUGUGCAUUGCUAGUUACCGAUUAAUUUGUAUUCAAGCACCUCUGUAUAUGUUCAUGAUUAAACACUUAACACUUGCAUGCCAGUGGUGGCUGGUGGGACUUUAAAUUGGAGGACAGACUCAUAGUAAUGGAUGGAACGUAAUAUAUGGAAUGGUAUCAAACAUCAAAGAAAUGGUUUCCAUGAGUUGGAUACUGUUCCAUUUUUUCCAUUCCAGCCAUUGCUAUGAGCCGUCCUCCCCUCACCAGCCUCCACUGUUGCAUGUCUUUGCAUUUCAUGUGAAGUGUAUGGAUGUGGGGCUCAGUUGAUGGUCCUCUGGAGAUGUUGUCUCUCUUUAAAGGGGAAAAGACAUUGUGAACCAGCUAAAGGUUUGACUGGGGAACCCCGGCUCAGUCUGCUUCAGCCCUGGAAACACCAUCAUGACUUCAGACUUGAUUUAUCCAAAAUAAUCUCUGUGAGUUGUCCCUCAGUGGCUCUCAGUAUCUCGCUCUGGGUCUCUUUGUCACAACUUGUUGUGUAUGAUUUCUGGUUUGUAAUGGUAUGGUUUGGUAACUCUCCUUCCUUUGCAUCCCUUUCUCUAGUAGGGUUGGGGCGCCAUCCAGUUUUUCAUACCUUCAAAAUACCCCGGUAUAUGGUAUGAUCAUAUACCUGGCUGCCCAACCCUAUUCUCUAGCAUCCCUCUGUAUAUGUCUGCCUUUCUUUCCUAUCCCUCCCUAUUUCCUCCCUCCACAUCUUCUCCUCUUAUCCACGUAUCCAAUCACCUCUGUCCUUAGGAGCCUGUCUAUUCCUCCACAUAUUUUCCUCCCAUCUCCCUUGGCCAUAAGUGCCAAGUUAUUGACCCUCAUAGUCAGGUAAGAACACGCAGCUGACCUUUCCAUGUUUCACUGUUUUGCCUGUACUGGAAGCUUGGGCUGAGUCUCAAAUUGCACCCUAUUUCUUAUAUAGUGCACUACUUUUGACCAGGGCACAUAGGGCUCUGGUCAUCUAUCCCGUAUUUAGGGAACUACUUUUGACCAGAAUCCUAUAGGGAUUAGGGUGUCAUUUAAGACUCGCACGGUGGUCUUCCAUUAUCCCUUCAUUCAUGUCACUGAAAGGUUUGGUGAUUAUGCAUCUGUCUUUUCCCUGUCCACUAAAAUCAAAUUUAGCUACGUUAAUGAGUGUGCACACGAUUUGAACACCUCCCCCUAUUUCUACUUAUCCUACUGUACUCUGUCUCUUUGUUUGUGUGUAUGAGUAGUAUUACAUUUCUAUGGGAUUGUUCUACAAAGACAAAGCUACUGUACUGUGCUGCUUUCAUUUCCAAGAUUUUGGGGUUUUGUCCUCAUAUAAUCAGAGCAGUUGUGGCUGGUGUCACUUUAAAUCGGAGGAUGGACUCAUUGUAAUGGCUGGAACGGAAUCAUUGGAAUGGCAUGGUUUUUAUGUGUUUGAUACAGUUCCAUUCCAGCCUAAUGGCUAUGAGCCGUCCUCCCUUCACCAGCCACCACUGAUUUCCAAGUUGUUGUUUUUUUGUUCUCUUAUGAUCAGAGUGAUACAGUGACCUUCAGUGGUUUAGUGGAGGGUAAACACAUGUAAACACUGUUUACGCACAUUUUUUAUUUUGCGUGAGCAUUUACCCACCUUUUGCUGAAGAAAUGCAUUAAAAAGAUAGGGAGCGUUACUUUAGUCACCGCGAACGGUGAUCAGUGUUUACCCACCUAUUUAUUAACCAAUGCAUCACUGGUGACCUUACUGUACAGCAUUUAACCCUAUAUGAAACCGUGUACUUACCAGUAGGUAACAGUAUGUGACUGUGUGUUACAGUAUGUGUAACAGUAGACUGUAUGUAACAGUGUGUAACUGUGUGUGUUCAGAGGAUGGGAGAGGAGAUGGAGAACCAGGCUCAGAUGUCCAUAGAGGAGAGGAAGCAGAUGAUCUCAACACGGGAGGAGUCCUGGGUGUCUAAAGGCAAGGGGGUGGCCAACGACUCUACCCAGUACACUGUGGCUGCACGCAUGGUCAAGAAAGGUUAGUAAACAGAGGCUGCACGCAUAGUCAAGAAAGGUUAGUACCCCGUGGCUGCACGCAUUGUCAAGAAAGGUUAGUACCCCGUGGCUGCACGCAUAGUCAAGAAAGGUUAGUACACCGUGGCUACAAGAAAGGUCAGAGCACGGUACACUCAUGGUCAACUUAAGCCGUCCGCAUGCUUCCCAGCCAAAACUGUUUGGAACAGUUUGUGCAUAAAUUAUGACAACAUUUUGUGAAGUUUUUACUUGUUUUGGCCAUUGGCAAGGGUUUCUUCGGCUGUUCGUGCACACAACAUUUUUUCUCGAGGCAAGCCGAAGUUCGUAAGCCAAAGUCUACACCCAUUUGUCGGUGAUUGGGCAACAGUAGGGAUUCUUCAAUUAAGUGUAGGUUGUCAUUCAACGAUAGAUAGACGACUUGUUUUUGUGAGAAAAAAAAUCUCUUGAGAAAUGUUGCACCAAACAUCCUAGUUAGAUGUAAAACCAAAGAAUGUGGAAGCCUUUACAGUCCACUGGAGACUCAUGAGGCUACCCAACUACAUGAAAACAAUUACAAUAAUAAUAUCAAAAUACUAUUUAUUUCACAAGGGGCAAUUAAUAGGCAGGAUUGCAGAUAUAUAACCACCAUACAUAACAAACAACAUAUGGCAUGAUCACAACUACACACCAAUAGAUAUUAAAGGAGACGUUUUUUUUUUCACAACCAAAUCUCAAUUUUUUAUAUAAAUGGCAUGUUAUAGAAGGGUCCAGACACCUUUUUUUGAGAUUUCACUUGUUUUUGAGAAACAGCCAAUCACUUCCUCAUCCUCGUUGUGCGGUAUGGGGCCCCUGAAAAAACAUGAUCAAAGGCUCCAAAAAUAUUACUUUUAGAAACGGCAAAUCUUUCAGUAUAGUGAUGCAGGUCUUCAGAUGUUGUACACAUGAAAUUGUGUCAUUCCUAACUUUAUCUGCAAGGUUAUAUUCCAUUUUGUUGAGACGUGAGCGAUACCUCUCUGUCCGUUCUACAGGUAACUGCCAAAAUAAAGAAAACACUUGAGUAAAUGUGGGAUACAAAGUAUAUUGAAAGCAGGUGCUUCCACACAGGAAGUUCCAGACACUUGUAGAAUCUAUGCCAAGGCGCAUCGAAGCUGUUCUGGUGGCUCGUGGUGGCCCAAAGCCCUAUUAAGACACUUUAUGUUGGUGUUUCCUUUAUUUUGACAGUUACCUGUAGCAGCAGGCUACACAGAGAAUGGAACAGCUGGAUAGGGGAAACGGCUUGAGUCGCACAAAAGGAAUAUAACGUUGCGGAUAAAGUUCAGAAUGACACAGUUUCAUGUGUACAACAUCUAAAGACCUGCAUCACUAUGCUGAGAGCUUUGCCAUUUAUAAAAAAAAGUGUGUUUUUGGAGCCUUUGUUCAAGUUCUUUCAGGACCCCAAACUGCACAACAAGGAUGAGAAAGUGAUUCGCUGUUUGGGGUAAGUUUAUAAAAAACAAGUGAAAUCACAAGGGUUUCUGGACCCUUCUAUAUAUAACGUUUCAUCUACAUAAGAAAAUUGAGAUUUGGUUGUAAAAAAGGAAACUUCUCCUGAUGUGUAAUGAUAAAAGGUCUAGCCAGAGGUUCCUAGAGGAUAGUGUGAUUUUCUCUCCUCUCAGUGUGGUUGUGUUUGCAGGUCUGGCAGCCUCCUCCUCAGUCAUCAGCCCCAUCCUGUCUCCUGUCUCCACCAAACUCAAGAGCAACGUGCCUACCAUCAAACCGCAGGAGGGUCAGUCAUACACGUACUGAAAGAUGCAAUGUAGGGUUGCAAAAUUCCAACCGAGAUUUGGGGAACAUUACCAGAAUUUUUCAACCCUAAUCACAAUUCUUUUAAAAUAUACAAUCACAACAUGACCAUACAAUAUCUGUCAGGAAUAUUUUUAACUCUGUUGUCUGAUUUUGUGUUUUAUCCACCAGAAAUCGAAGCCAGACCAGAGAUGAACUUGGAGUCGGAUAAAAAGCUGGAUAAAUUGGAGACAUUUUUGGGACGUCUGAACUGUAAAGGUUGGUGCUAAUAGUUUUUCAGUUGCCUCUACCCACGCCAUGAAAGGCUUUUCAGUUGCCUCUACCCACGCCAUGAAAGGCUUUUCAGUUGCCUCUACCCACGCCAUGAAAGGCUUUUCAGUUGCCUCUACCCACGCCAUGAAAGGCUUUUCAGUUGCCUCUACCCACGCCAUGAAAGGCUUUUCAGUUGCCUCUACCCACGCCAUGAAAGGCUUUUCAGUUGCCUCUACCCACGCCAUGAAAGGCUUUUCAGUUGCCUCUACCCACGCCAUGAAAGGCUUUUCAGUUGCCUCUACCCACGCCAUGAAAGGCUUUUCAGUUGCCUCUACCCACGCCAUGAAAGGCUUUUCAGUUGCCUCUACCCACGCCAUGAAAGGCUUUUCAGUUGCCUCUACCCACGCCAUGAAAGGCUUUUCAGUUGCCUCUACCCACGCCAUGAAAGGCUUUUCAGUUGCCUCUACCCACGCCAUGAAAGGCUUUUCAGUUGCCUCUACCCACGCCAUGAAAGGCUUUUCAGUUGCCUCUACCCACGCCAUGAAAGGCUUUUCAGUUGCCUCUACCCACGCCAUGAAAGGCUUUUCAGUUGCCUCUACCCACGCCAUGAAAGGCUUUUCAGUUGCCUCUACCCACGCCAUGAAAGGCUUUUCAGUUGCCUCUACCCACGCCAUGAAAGGCUUUUCAGUUGCCUCUACCCACGCCAUGAAAGGCUUUUCAGUUGCCUCUACCCACGCCAUGAAAGGCUUUUCAGUUGCCUCUACCCACGCCAUGAAAGGCUUUUCAGUUGCCUCUACCCACGCCAUGAAAGGCUUUUCAGUUGCCUCUACCCACGCCAUGAAAGGCUUUUCAGUUGCCUCUACCCACGCCAUGAAAGGCUUUUCAGUUGCCUCUACCCACGCCAUGAAAGGCUUUUCAGUUGCCUCUACCCACGCCAUGAAAGGCUUUUCAGUUGCCUCUACCCACGCCAUGAAAGGCUUUUCAGUUGCCUCUACCCACGCCAUGAAAGGCUUUUCAGUUGCCUCUACCCACGCCAUGAAAGGCUUUUCAGUGGCGUAGCUGGCUAAAGAUGUUAAAGAGUGUUGUGAGACAGAAGAUCAAAUAUCGAAUACCAGUGUGGGCUUGUGAGGAAGGAAGCUAUUCUGUUAAUCAAGCAGCGUGACGUCUGUUACAGUAGUCAUUUACAGUAGUGAUUGGACCUUUACUGUGUUUCUAUCAGUGGCAGGUCUUCAGGAGACCACCCUGACAGUGACAGAGAGGGAGCAGAUGGGCCGCUCUGGUUUGGACAAGGCUUACUUUUCUGUGUUUCCCCUAGUGGCAGGUCUUCAGGAGACCACCCUGACAGUGACAGAGAAGGCUGUGAAGGAGGUGAUGAGGAUGGAUGAUGAGAUCUUCUCCAAGUUCUACCGUCACGUGGCUGACUUCCCACGCAUGCCCAGCAGAAUCGAGAUCGACGAGGACUUUGACGCCAUCUUCGGCACUCAGGCGCCCAAGUAAGCAAAUGAUUUAACCAACUAAUGAUGUCUUUGCUCUAGGGCUGCAAAAUUCUGAUAACUUUCCCAAACAUUUUCCAGAAAUCCUGGUUGGAAUAUUCCUGGAAUAAGGAGGAAUUCUGGAAGCUGGAAAACUUGGGAAUUUUCAGAGUUACAGGAUUUCUGCAACCCUACUUUGGUCGGAGCAGACAUGUGAUAUUGGGUGUAGCUACAUUGUAUCUUUCACUACAUCUACAUGCCCUCUCUCCCCCCUUCCUGUCCCUUUCUCCCUCGCCCCCUCUCUUCCGCCCCUCUGUCCCUCCCUAUACAGGUUGACCUCAGCCAUAGCGCAGCACAAACGAGCAGUGAGACCAUCUAGGAACGUCCAGUCGUCUAAGAACCCGCUGAAGAUGCUGGCGGCCAGGGAGGACAUCAGACACGAGUACACUGAGCAGAGACUCAACAUCGGCCUCAUAGAGAGCAAGAGGAUCAAGGAUGAGAAGAGUGAGCGCGUGUGUGUGUGUGUGUGUGUGUGCGUGCGUGCGCGUGUGUGCAAGCCAGAGUGAGUGUGUGUGUGUGCGCGUGUUUAGUCCUCACACAUAAUGUCUAGCCCUCACACACUCCUCGUCCUGUGAGUUUUAGUGAAUAAGACUUCGGAGUACUCGGAUGCAGCCCUGGCUGGACUGGCCAGUAAGGAGAACUUCAGCAAUGUGAGUCUGAGGAGCGUCAACAUCUCAGAGCAGAUGUCCAACAACAGCGCUGUGCCGUACAAGAACCUCAUGCUGAUGCAGGUCAAAGGUGAGACGCCUACUGCAUUACUGAGCUUUGUUCAUUAGUGCACGUCUUUUCAAAGCAUAGAUACCUCCCUGUUUCUGUUUUAUUCAGUUUCAUACCUAAUGAAUAUGACCUAGAUGUGUCUGUAGUAUCUUUUCUAUACAUUUUGAGGCAUAUAGCAUAUAGCUAGCUACUCAUCGCACCCACCUUUAAGGUCCUGAAACGUCUGACAAACUUUGGUUUUGAGGCGAGCUGAAUCAAUUCAAGACCAGCAUUUAUUUUGACAUUGACCAACGUCAAUGUCAUAGCAAAAUAUGAACAGGACAGAGAAUAUUCUACAGCCAGGUUGUUCCUGAAUGAGGACAGGUGAGGACAGGUAAAGAGGACAAAUCAAGUUAUUUCUGGAGAACUCUGCGUCAUUGAAGUAGGAUGUUGCACCCAAAUGACAUCCUAUUCCCUUCAUAGUUCACUUCUUUUGACCAGGGCCUAAAUGGCUCUGGUCAAAAUUAGUGCACUUUUAGGGAAUAGGGUGCCAUUUGAGAUGCAGACUGAGUUUUUUUCUCUGACAUGGUUAACUCAGGAGUGAUUGUCCAUCAGAGUCUGGUAUGCAGGCAGGGCGGACCUGUGCUGUCCUUUAACCUCUGUGUGUGUGUGUGUGUGUGUGUGUGUGUGUGUGUGUGUGUGUGUGUGUGUUUAACCUGCUAGAGAGCGCACAAUAUUAGGGCCAGUCAUGCAGAGGGGAAAGAUAGAGAGAGGGUCAUGUUGGGAUAGUUAAAACAUGUGGUUGACACAUACAGUGGGGAGAACAAGUAUUUGAUACACUGCCGAUUUUGCAGGUUUUCCUACUUACAAAGCAUGUAGAGGUCUGUAAUUUUUAUCAUAGGUACACUUCAACUGUGAGAGACGGAAUCUAAAACAAAAAUCCAGAAAAUCACAUUGUAUGAUUUUUAAGUAAUUAAUUUGCAUUUUAUUGCAUGACAUAAGUAUUUGAUCACCUACCAACCAGUAAGAAUUCCGGCUCUCACAGACCUGUUAGUUUUUCUUUAAGAAGCCCUCCUGUUCUCCACUCAUUACCUGUAUCAACUGCACCUGUUUGAACUCGUUACCUGUAUAAAAGACACCUGUCCACACACUCAAUCAAACAGACUCCAACCUCUCCACAAUGGCCAAGACCAGAGAGAUGUGUAAGGACAUCAGGGCUAAAAUUGUAGACCUGCACAAGGCUGGGAUGGGCUACAGGACAAUAGGCAAGCAGCUUGGUGAGAAGGCAACAACUGUUGGCGCAAUUAUUAGAAAAUGGAAGAAGUUCAAGAUGACGGUCAAUCACCCUCGGUCUGGGGCUCCAUGCAAGAUCUCACCUUGUGGGGCAUCAAUGGUCAUGAGGAAGGUGACGGAUCAGCCCAGAACUACACAGCAGGACCUGGUCAAUGACCUGAAGAGAGCUAGGACCACAGUCUCAAAGAAAACCAUUAGUAACACACUACGCCGUCAUGGAUUAAAAUCCUGCAGCGCACGCAAGGUCCCCCUGCUCAAGCCAGCGCAUGUCCAGGCCCGUCUGAAGUUUGCCAAUGACCAUCUGGAUGAUCCAGAGGAGGAAUGGGAGAAGGUCAUUUGGUCUGAUGAGACAAAAAUAUAGCUUUUUGGUCUAAACUCCACUCGCUGUGUUUGGAGGAAGAAGAAGGAUGAGUACAACCCCAAGAACACCAUCCCAACCGUGACGCAUGGAGGUGGAAACAUCAUUCUUUGGGGAUGCUUUUCUGCAAAGGGGACAGGACGACUGCACCGUAUUGAGGGGAGGAUGGAUGGGGCCAUGUACCGCGAUAUCUUGGCCAACAACCUCCUUCCCUCAGUAAGAGCAUUGAAGAUGGGUUGUGGCUGGGUCUUCCAGUAUGACAACGACACGAAACACACAGCCAGGGCAACUAAGGAGUGGCUCCGUAAGUAGCAUCUCAAGGUCCUGGAGUGGCCUAGCCAGUCUCCAGACCUGAACCCAAUAGAAAAUCUUUGUCGGGAGCUGAAAGUCCGUAUUGCCCUGCGACAGCCCCGAAACCUGAAGGAUCUGGAGAAGGUCUGUAAAGAGGAGUGGGCCAAAAUCCCUGCUGCAGUGUGUGCAAACCUGGUCAAGACCUACAGGAAACGUAUGAUCUCUGUAAUUGCAAACAAAGGUUUCUGUACCAAAUAUUAAGUUCUGCUUUUCUGAUGUAUCAAAUACUUAUGUCAUGCAAUAAAAUGCAAAUUAAUUACUUAAAAAUCAUACAAUGUGAUUUUCUGGAUUUUUGUUUUAGAUUCCGUCUCUCACAGUUGAAGUGUACCUAUGAUAAAAAUGACAGACCUCUACAUGCUUUGUAAGUAGGAAAACCUGCAAAAUCGGCAGUGUAUCAAAUACUUGUUCUCCCCACUGUAUACGCAGAGGCACACAUACACACACACACACACACACACACAAACACUCACACACAAACACUCACACCAAAUGCAGAAUAUGAUUUCCGGUGCAGAUGUGACCGUGUCCACCUUCUAGACUAAAAUAAUCAAGCCAAGAAUAGCAGAGUUGCUCGGAUCAUGACAGACAACAACAUAAUUUACGUCAUAGUAUAACAAAAAUGUAUUGUAUCCUGAGCCUCAGGUUGCGUUCAAAAUGGCACCCUAUUCCCUAUAUAAUGUAGUGCACUACUUUUGAUCAGAGCCCUAUGGGCCCCUAUUCACUUGAGGCUUUUGUCAGGGAAUAUGGUACCAUGUAGUGCACUACUGUAUAUUGGGAAUAGGGUGCCAUUUCAGAAACAACCUCACCCUCUCUCUUAUCUACCCAGGCCGCCGUCACAUCCAGACCAGACUAGUGGAGCCCAGAGCCUCGACCCUGAACAGUGGCGACUGCUUCCUCCUGGUUACUCCUCAACACUGCUUUGUCUGGAUGGGAGAGUUCGCGAAUGUCAUCGAGAAAGCCAAAGUGAGUCCCUGUCUAUUGACUGUGUGUGUGUGUGUGUGUAUGUCUGUGUCUGUGUGUGUGUGUGUGUCCUUGUCUCUCUGACUGUGUCAGUGUGGAAUAAUAACUUUCAGGAUUAAGGAAAUGUCUUGUGUGUUAAUCCCAGUCCUCUGGGGUUGGGUUAGUUGUAAUUUGUGAUUAAAAGCUGGGGGUUAUUUUAGGGGGCAAGCAGAUGUUUAAUAAGGCCUUUUGGAUGGGAUUUUUAAGGAAGUGACUCCUUAUGUUACUUUAACAUGUCUCCCACACAGACACCAGCUGGUGAUGUGUUGUCGUGGUUUUCUGUUGAAGUAGACAUCUUUUCUGUGAUAAUGGUUAUCCUAUGGGCCCUGGUCAAAAGUAAUGCAGUUUAUAGGGAAUAGGGCCACAGACACACUGUUCAUUUGUGCUGUUCUCUCAUUGUAGCAGAGAGAGCUGUGCCAUCUGUUUCUACAGCAGCUCCCAUUCCCCAUGGAAGUGUCCUGUUUUUGUAUAGUACACAGUUUCAAACACACAGUGACUUUAGCUUGAUUCCCCCAGGAUACAUUGUUUUUCUCAACCCUUAUAUUUACUAUACUAGCUACAGUAUUUUUUACUUGUAUCAAAUCGGGUGUCAUUAGGCAGACAUCGAACUACAGUACGCCCACAGUUAGAGCAUGGAGACCCUUGAUCUCUCAAGAUGAAUGCUGACACGUCAUUAUAACAUAAAACACUACUGGUAUGACAAAACAAGCAGGCUCUGACAUUGGCCUUUGCAAGUAAAUCUAAUGCUGACCUUAGCCCCUUACAAGGCUGACAGUACUUGUAUUGUACUCUAUAUACGGUAUUGACAUGUACAGUGUAUGUAUUUUAGGUAGUGACAUUUUCUGCUGUUGUAUCUCUCUCGUACUGUAGGCUUCUGAGCUGGCAUUGUUUAUCCAGACUAAGAAGGAUCUGGGCUGCAGAGCGAGCCAGAUCCACACCAUCGAGGAAGGGGUCAACCCCCAGAGCCCUGCAGCCACAGAGUUCUGGAAGAUCCUGAGAGGACAGCAGACCUACCAGUGUAAGCAACAGCACCAGAGGCCAUGUCUGUGUCGCAAUUCUCCACCUCCUUGCACACUUCCUGUCAUUGAUCCGAAAGCAUUGGUGGAAUCACUGGCUGGAGGGAGUUUCCACCGUUGUUAAAUCAUGACGGGAAGUGUGCAAGUGCACACUUUGGGAAAGAGUGGAGAAUUGGGACUAAGUUAAUUUAGCUACAGGUCAUCAGAAGCCUUUAUCUUGAUAUCGUGUGUGUGUGUGUGUCUUCCUACAGCUGCCGGGCCACCGGAGGAGGAUGAGCUGUUUGAGAGUGCCAUAGUGGAGACUAACUGUAUCUUCCGUCUGCUGGAUGACAAGCUGGUUCCUGAUGAUGACCAGUGGGGGAAGGUUCCUCGCAGCACACUACUGGAGUCCAAAGAGGUACGUGACUGGACUCAUCAAGUAAGGCAUGUGAUAUAUCAGAAAUUGUGUAAUAGAAUUAUUGUCAACCUAAAAUAUUGUCAUAUAAUUAUAAAUACAGUUUAUACAGGUUUUAUACAAAAGUUCUGUAUAAAUAGCCUCUAAAAACCCUUAAAUUAGUAGGUGUUCUAAAACUUUUGACCGGUAGUGUACAUGUCAACAGACAUGGCUCAAUUUUAGUUUUCUUGGGAAGCUGUGAGUGCUAUUGUAAGAUACAAUAUCAGUACUUGCAUUUACAACUUGUCUAAGUCCUAUCAUCAACUGAUUUCAGCCAGUGUGUGGCUGUGGAUUGACUGAAUUGUUUGAAUUAAUGGAAUCAUUCCUCUAAAACUGGCUGGCUAGCUAGAUAACAAACAUACAGUGCAGAUACAUUCUUCAACUUCAUUAUUUUACACAAUAUCUUAUCCCAGCACUGGCAAACCAUGGUUGACCAACUCCCUGACCAAAAUGGCUGACCUUUAUCCCAUCAUAAGAAGGUUCAUAUCCAUGCUAGUAUUCUAAUUCCUAAUUCUAUGGUCCUAACCACAGAGAUCCUAUUAAAUUAAUUCCCAAUUAUAUGGUCCUAACUCUAAAUAUAUGACUCUGGUUUCCAUAUGUUGGACGUAGUUUGAUACCGUUCCAUUAAUUCCAUUCCAGCCAUUAAAAUGAGCCCGUCCUCCUAUAGCUCCUCCCACUAGCCUCCUCUGCUAUCAAUGAACUUCAUAUUAUUGCAACCAAAUGUUUACCGGAAUGGCCAUCAUUGUGCCCUAGCUGUUGCUCUGUGCCCAUUCUGAUGCCACACUGUCACACUGUUGUUGUUGUGCCCCACUGCAGGUGUUGGUGUUUGACUUUGGCAGUGAGGUGUAUGUGUGGCACGGUAAGGAGGUGACUCUGGCCCAGAGGAAAGUAGCCUUCCAGCUGGCUAAACACCUGUGGAACGGAACCUUUGACUACACCUGCUGUGAUAUCAACCCUCUGGACCCUGGAGGAUGCAAUACACUCAUACCCAGGCAGGCAACCAACAUACACACACACGCAGACAAACACGCACGCACAGACACACAAAAUCUCCACCACUUACUCAAAUCAUAACCUCAGGGACUGUUUGUCCUAGAUUUAUUUGUGUAUAGGCCUUGUGCUAAAGCCUGUGCUCUCACUCUCUUGUUCUCUGUGUGUGUGUGUGUCUACAGGAAGGGCCAGGGCCGUCCUGACUGGGCCAUAUUCGGUAGGCUGACAGGAGCACAAUGAGACUAACACUGUUCAAAGAGAGUUCAUGGAUGGGCAGAGCACUAAGGAAACAACAACCAAAAGAAAACCAAUGAGCAAGUCAGUGAGCAGAAAAGGAGGUGGGAUAUAUCUCGCUACGCGAGAGAAGAGAGAGCGGCGAUAGAGCGGAGAGAGAGAGAGAGAGAGAGAGAGAGAGAGAGAGAGGAGAGAGAGAGAUGAGAGAGAGAAGGCGAGAGAGAGAGAGAGAGAGAGAGGAGGCAGUAUGAGACGAGCGAGCAGAGAGGAGAGAGAGAGAGAGAGAGAGAAUAGAGAGGAGAGAUAUCUAUCUCUAUUCUCUCGCUCUCUCUCUCUCUCUCGUAUCUCUCUCUCUCUCUCUCUCUCUCUCUCUCUCUCUCUCUCUCUCUCUCUCUCUCUCUGUCUGUCUGUCUGUCUGUCUGUCUGUUUUCAUCAGACCCCAUGACCCAAUAGUUUUCUGAAUGACUCUCUCUCUCUACACCCCUCCCCCUCUCCCUUUCUCUCUCAGGAGACGCCGGGGUGGGAGUGCAGGCCCUAUGAUGCAGCAUUGAUGCUGCCUAUACUCCAGACAGCAGUCAGCACUGUGCUGGAUGGGUUGAAUGUGGGCCGAGGCCAUGGCUCUAUAGAAGGAGAGGACAGGAUGAGGACUCUAGAGAUCAGCACGGUGUCUGUGGAUGUCUGGCACAUCCUGGAAUUUGACUACAGGUCAGUUUCCCCCUUGAAUUAAUGAAUUUGAUUUGACAUAUUUGAAAUUACGUAUAGAUCUGCCUCAGCCAUUAGAGUACAACAAUACAUACAUUAAAAUUAUCUAGGAUUAAAAGCACAAUAAAGUCUACCACAAUUUCCAUUGUGGUCCUUACUAUUUAAAGUGCUGUGAACAUUGGAAAAAACGCUUUAUAAAUAUUGGAAUAUUCUUCUUAUUCCAGCCGGCUGCCCAAGCAGAGUAUAGGCCAGUUCCAUGAAGGAGAUGCGUAUGUUGUGAAGUGGAAGUACAUGGUGAGCGCAGCAGUUGGGAGGAGGCAGAACCCGGAGCAGAGGAGUGCAGGCCCUGGCAAAGAAAAGUGCUCCUACUUCUUCUGGCAGGGACGGAACUCCACCGUGAGCGAGAAAGGAACGUCAGCACUGAUGACAGUGGAGCUGGAUGAGGAGAGAGGGGCACAGGUACUGUCAACCCUAAAUACUAAGGCCGCAUCUCAAAUGGCACCCUAUUCCCUAUAUAGUGCACUCAUUUUAAACUAAGCCCCCAUACCAGUAUAUAGGGAACAGGGUGUCAUUUUAGAUGCAGUCUAAAUCCAUGCUUACAUGCAUCUUCUGUCACUGAUCUGAGAGCAGCCCUAGAUACAUAUGACCUGUGUCAGCGUUGUCCCUGUGUCUCUCUCCCAACAGGUCCAGGUACAGCAGGGGAAGGAGCUCCCUUGUUUCCUCCAGUGUUUCAACGGGGGGAUGAUCAUACACUGUGGGAAGAGAGAGGAGGAAGAGGAGAACACACAGAGUAGGGAUCUAUCCUGGUUAGCAGUAUGAUGUCAUAGCCCUCAGAAGAGUUGGUUAAGCAGUUAGAUGCAGCUCUACUGUAUUAUUAGGAGUGCUGUUGUGUGACUAGAGUUACACAAUUCCAGUAACUUUCCCCAAAUUCCCAGAAAUCCUGGUUGGAAAGUUACAGGAAUUGUGCAACCAUAUGUGUGAAUGUGUGCCAUGUUAGAGGGGCUUCUGUCUGUGUACCUGUGUGUCUGUGAUCAGGAGAAGUAGUACCAGUGUAUAUGUAUCAUACUGACCGCGCGUGUCCGUCUGCUACCAGCUGAUUGUCUGUACUGUGUGAGAGGGGAGGUCUCCUGACUAUGUUAUUACAAUGUAUUCCAGCUGAGUGGCGUCUGUACUGCGUGCGAGGGGAUGUCCCUGUAGAGGGCCACCUCCUGGAGGUAGUGUGUCACUGCGGCAGCCUGCGCUCCAGGAGCUCCAUGAUCCUCCUGAAUGUCAACAAGGCCCUCAUCUACCUGUGGCACGGCUGCAAGGCCCAGCAACACACACGCCUGGUGGGCCUCACCGCCGCACAGAGGAUCAAAGAACAGUGAGUCUCAAAUGGCACCAUAUUGCCAAAAUAGUGCACUACUUUUGACCAGGGCCCAUUAGCAUUCCUGAUAAUUUACUAUGCCAAGUAGUUGACCAGGAAAAAUUAUUGUCCCUAGUCAUGAAAUGUAUAAUGAAAUGUGUAAUAUGGGACAUCUGCGUCCCAAAUGACACCCUAUGCCCUAUAUAGUUCACUACAUUUGACCUGGGCCCCACUAUAUGGGGAAUAGGGUGCCAUUUGGGACACAACCUGUAUAUUGUAUGUGGAGGAUUUGAACCAUGUGUUGUCUGUUAGAUGUCCAUUGGAGGCGGGGCUCCAUAGCAGCAGUAAGGUGACAAUCACCGAGUGUGACGAGGGAUCAGAGCCCACGGGAUUCUGGGAUGUUGUCGGAAAGAAAGACAGGAAGGCCUACGACUGUAUGUUGCAAGGUACAGUAUAGUACUGUUGCGCACACACACACACACACACACACACACACACACACACACACACACACACACACACACACACACACACACAAUUGCAGUGAAAUGACUCAUUAAAGCAUAAACAGAUUGUUAGUGUGCUUGCUUCAAAAGAGCACUCUAGUUAUUCAUCAUACUUCGGACUUAAUAUUAUUAUUAUUUCUUUGUUUUAGAUCCGGGUAAAUUUAACUUCACCCCUCGGCUGUUCCAUCUGAGCAGUUCUUCAGGGGAGUUUGUAGCCACAGAGUUCUUCCACCCCUCCAGAGCUCCAGACCUGGUCAGCUCUCUGCCCUUCCUACAGGAGGAUCUGUACCAAGCCUCCCAGCCUGGUGAGUCCUACAAUAAAAUACAGUACAACACAACGCAAUGCAAUGCAGUGCAACACAACAUAACACAACACAAAUACUGUAUAUCAGUCUUGGAAGGGGAUUAGGUCUGCUUAAGGUUGAUUUACUUGCAAGCAAAUGUCAGAGCUUGUUUGUUUGAUUGUUCCCACCAGUAGUACCGUAAAGUUAGGUCCACAUUCAUCUUGAAUUCACUGUGGGCUUACUAUUGGAAAUAGCUGAUCUAAAAUUACUUUAUCUUCCUGUCCUCUUCCUGUAGCGUUGUUCCUGGUGGAUAACUUCCAUGAGGUGUACCUGUGGCAGGGCUGGUGGCCCCAGGACAGCGAGAGCCCCGGCUCCGCCAGGAUACGAUGGGACAUGGACAGGAAGUGUGCCAUGGAAACGGUGCUGCAGUACUGCAAAGGUAGAAUGUGAUGAUGUCAUCUGUUUGACAUCAGUGUGAUAUUACAAUUUAAAUAUGAUGUCAUCUCUGACCUCUUGUAUCUCUUGGUUAAAGUUUAAAAGGUGCAUACAUGGUGUUUAUCUUUUCAAGACCAUCUAGUUUCAUGUGGUCCUAUGUAGCUCAGUUGGUAGAGCAUGGCGCUUGUAACGCCAGGGUAGUGGGUUUGAUCCCCGGGACCACCCAUACGUAAAAAUGAAUGCACGCAUGACUGUAAGUCGCUUUGGAUGAAAGCGUCUGCUAAAUGGCAUUUUAUUGUACUGUUAACGUGCAAAGAUUUUCACUAAGGGCAUGUAUCUCUAGUUAGGAUUUGUUACUGAAGUGCAUCCUAUUCCCUAAAUGGUGCCCUAGUUGACAUCCCCAGGGCUAUGGUCAAAAUGAGUAGACUAUAUAGGGAAUAGGGUGCCAUUAGGGCCGCACCCUAAAUGGGUUGACUUCCUCCUGCAGAGAAGAAUGAGAAGAAGCCUCAGAAGUCGUAUCUGAUCCAUGCUGGUCUGGAGCCUCUCACAUUUACCAACAUGUUUCCCAGCUGGGAGCACAGAGAGGACAUCGCAGAGAUCACUGAGAGGGUGGGUUAUUCGGCACACACACACACACACACACACAUACUCUGGCCAUACAGCUCCCACAUACACACUCUGACCAUACAGCCCAUACACACACACACACACACACGUGCAGUGCUCUUAUGUCCUCUGUCUUGGAACCAUAACAGUAUGUGUGUGUGUCAGGAGGCGGAGGUGUGUAACCAGAUCAUCCUGGUGGAGGAUGUGCUGGCCAGGCUGUGCCAGAACACCUAUCCCCUGGCUGAGCUGCUGGCACGCCCACUUCCUGAGGGCGUCGACCCACUCCGCCUGGAGAUCUACCUAUCAGACCAGGACUUUGAGGUGAGUUCAAGUUCAAUGUUUUUAUUUAUCUAACGGCAAACCCUCUCUGAAAUAGUUGAUAAUGACAGAUUAAAGGAGUCCAGCUGCAGUUUAUAUUAAAUACACAAUGUGGUGAGAACACCCCCCUCACCAUUCAGCUCUGACACACUCUGUGAGAAAAGGAUACCUUGAUUUAAGAUUGAAUGGGCUGGUUUCCCAGACAAAGGUUAGGCCUAGUCCUAGACUAAAAAGCGAAUCUCAAUUGAGAAAGCUUUUUAGUCCAGGACUAGGCUAAAUCUUUGUCUGGGAAAUCGGCACAUUAUGUUUCUAAAUAUUGCUUUGUUGAAAUCAAUGCAUUGUAGUCAGGUUCAUCUCUGAUGUGUUUUGGACAUGCAGGAGACAUACAGUAUGUCCAUGUUAUACAUAAACCAGAGUGUGUUGCGGCAGGUAGCUUAGUGGUUAAGAACGUUGUGCCAGUAACCGAAAGGUCACUGGUUCUAAUCCCCGAGCCGACUAGGUGAAAAAUCUGUCGAUGUGCCCUUGAGCAAGGCACUUAACCCUAAUUGCUCCUGUAAGUCGCUCUGGAUAAGAGCGUCUGCUAAAUGAUAUAAAAAAUAAAAAAUAGUGUGUGUGUGUGUGAUCCCCUCUGUGUGUGAUGGAUGAAAAGGUCAAAGGGAUUUCCACAGAUAAGAAGCUCAACGCAGAACAUGUGAGAAGCAGCACCUUACUUCCUGACUGCAGCUUUGAAUAAGAGCUGUAUCUGUCACACUGUGUCCUGUACAUGAACUGAUAGUGACAGCGGGUGCGUCCCAAAUAGCCCCCUAUUCCCUCUAUAGUGCACUACUUUUGACAUGAGCCCUGGCCAAAAGUAGUGCACUAUAUAGGGAAUAGGAUACCAUUUGCGAUGGAGAGAGAGACAGACUGGCCCAGUCAGGUCACCCUCCAUUUCACACAUUACCUCUAAUCUGGGUGCACUCCUCUACUCUCCCACCAUUCAACAAGAGAGAGACCCUCUCCAUGUGUGUUUAUCUCUAUUUACAGAAUUCAACACACACACGAACACACACUGAAGGAGGACAGAGUGGGUCCAGCGUCGGAGCUCACUCUGUGUACUCAGGAAAUGAGUUCUCGCUCUCCUUGGGCGUCAACUCCCCUCCUCAAAUAGUGUGACCAUGGUUACAAUGAGGAUAGAGGGCCAGAGAGAUGUUUGGUCUUUGGUCUGUAGCAUGCCAAUGGCAGAGAUACCAGGGGCUGUAUGUAUCAAGCAUUUCAGAGUGGUGAUCUAGGAUCAGUUUAGCCUUUUAGAUCACAAUGAAUAAGAUUACAUGGACAGGGAUCCUAGAUCAGCACUCCUACUCUGAGAUGAUUGAUACCUACUGAUGUAAUUUAUGUGAUUACUUUCAGCUCCCUAUUAAUGUCUAAUAGCACUGUAAUAAACUCUGAGUCCAGGCUAACUUCUCCUCUCACCUUUCAGGCUGGGUUCUAGGGGAUUCAGGUAAGGCGAGUUAUUUAUGAUGCAGACUAUGAUAAAUGAGCACUGGUGAUUUUACUUGUCUUCAAGCACACAGCAUCUUCACUCACUGUAAUAACCUCUGACCACGCUGGUUCACUCUUCUUCUCCCUCUUCCUCUGGGCUGUAAUGCUUGCCUUCUCCACCUGCACCCCUCCACUCCACCUGUCUUUUCUUUCUUUCUCCACAGCAAGGCGGAGCACAGUGGAUCACUUCAUGUCUUUGUAGCAUGGGCUCAGGCGGUUUACUACAGUAUUAGAAAAAAGGGUUCCAAAAGGGUUCUUCGGUUGUCCCCAUAGGAGAACCCUUUUUGGUUCCAGGUAGAACUAUUUUGGAUUCCAUGUAGAACCCUCUGUGGAAAGGGUUUUACAUGGAACCCAAAAGGGAUCUACCUGGAACUAAAAAGGGAUCUACCUAGAACCAAAAAGGGUUUUCCUGUGGGGACAGCCGAAGAACUGUUUUAAGUUCUAAUAGAUCCUUUCUAAGAGUGUACUUCUGUGUAAAAUGUAUUUGGCUUUGCACUUUGGUGAGACCAGAGCAUGAUAAUCAAUGAUGGUUCACUAUUUGAUGUUACAUUGUUUUGAAUUCAAUGUGACUAUAUAUUGACCACCCUUGGUGACCUAUUGAGUAUCUUCCUCUCUUCACUCUGGCAGUGUAGUAAUUGGAGCUAUUUCUUUCCCCCAUGCAGAAAGCAUUGGACAUGAAGAGAGAGGAGUACGAAGGAUUGCCAGGGUGGAAGCAAGUGAACUUAAAGAAAGCUAAAGGACUGUUUUAGUGUAAAGUUAACCUGAUGAUGGUUGUGGAGAGAAAAAUAAAUUCAGCAACUCUUGGACGACAGUGGAAGUUUAUAAAAAUGCUUCUUUAUUGUUAAAACGAAUGCGUUUCGGCUCCUAGCCUUCAUCGGGUUGGUUGUGGAGAGAGGACACAGAGACUGUUGACAUGAUGGAGGCCACCAGGCUGUGUCCCCCAGAACUUCCUUCCCAGCGGUGUGACUGAACCCCAGUAGUGGCUGGUGACACUUUAAAUCAGUGGAUGGGCUCAUAGAUUCAGUUGAAUGGAAUCAAUGGAAAGGUAUCAAACUCAUGGUUUCCAAGAGUUUGAUACAAUUCCAUUCACUCCAUUCCAGCCAUUAUUAUGAGCCAUCCACCCCUCACCAGUUUCCUCUGCUGAACACACUCUCAGGGACAGCUUCUCUGAGUGGGUCACAGGGGGGAAAAAUGAAAGGAGGCUGGGGUGGAGGAUCUGCUGAGGUGUGCUAGCCUCAUGUAGCAUCGUGUUUUUACCUUUCAGUUAUGUAACUAUGUAGGAAAA